AUACGGAUACCUUAGGCAGACAGUUCUGUCACAGACUCAUUGUGGAACCUUAGGGGAGUCAUUUAACCCUUUGUUUGUCCAUCUGUACAAUGGGGAAAGUGUUCCUUUCUGGUAAUCAAGUGGGGGCUGUGUGUUAUAUUCAGCAGGUGUUCCUGCUACACUGAGUGCCAUAGGGAUGUAUGCUUUUUAUAAAUAAUAGCAAUCAAGUGCUGCAUAGCUACUGAGCAGGGUCCAUAUUGUCUGCAGGUUGACAGAUACCUGGAAGCACUUUGGGAGAGUUUUCUGCACACCGAACAAGAAAAACGUGAUCUACAGAACUGGAAUUUGCCUUUGAAGACUACAAAAUCUGGGAAGAGUUUAAAUGGUGAAUCCCAGGAAAAAGUAUUCAAAGGAAUCUUUUAUAAGGUAAAUAGAAUAAAUAUUGGUAUGCAUGUUUAUGUCGUUUAGCCUUGCAGAUAAUUGCAAAAAAGGGGGAGAAUAAUACCAAUCCACACAGAGAUACAGUAUGUGUGUUGCAAGAUCACUCAUGUGAUACAUCUAGCAGCUCUGACUUAGAAUAAAUCACUACUUAUCUAAGAGAGUGGUUACAUGCAAGACAAAUGUAGGCUUUUUUAUAUUAAUGUAGUGGAUUUCAUUCAAGUUUAGAGGUUAGUGUUAACCAGUUGCUAACCACACAAUGGGUGCAAAUGAACCCAGAUAUCUGUAGGAUUUCCAGAACAGUAUAGAAAGUAUAAUUGCAGAAAGAAAGAGAAGCAACAAAUUAUGCAGCCAGAAACAUUAUUUUAAAGAUCUGACUAACAGAGACAUUAAGAGCAAGAGGGAGCUUGUAAAAUGCAUGUCUGGAAAUACUUUAUUUAAUGUUCUGUGGUAUUGGGUUUAACUAUGGUCAGCAACAUUUAGUUAUGAGCCAAAAGUGCCCACUGAAGUCAUUUCAUAGAAUCCAUCAUAUCAUUGAGAAAAAUUUUACUGGUUAAAUCUCUGUGGGUUAGACGGCUGUUGAAGGCACAGAAUCAGGGCUUAGAGAAAAAGAUAGCAGCCUUUCUUUUAGUUUGUUUUAUAUGUGUCUUAAAGUACAAAAGAUAGUUUUCUGUCUUUUAAGAGAAGUAAUCACUUGUUGUAUGCCCAAACAUAUAUCAGACUAAAAAUUGCCAGUGGUUGUGUCUUCUUCACAGGCAUGGGGACCCCUAUCUUUGUCUACUUCAGGAUGAGUAUGAAUAAGCACACCUUUAUAUCAUUAAGACACCUAAGCACACCAAGUUGAUCUCCUGAGAGUAAUUCAAACUAUUUACAUAUGCUGCUGCAGGAACCAAAUAGGUAGCCCCCCCCCCCAGUAACAAAAAUGUGGCACAAAAUAUUAUAGCUUUGGAGUACAAAGGUUAAGUCUAAGGGGAAAAUAAGCUUAAUAUUUUGAACCAAUUAACCUUUUUAAAGUCAUGGAGGGACCCUAAAUCAGACAAAUCCUAUGACUGUGGCAGAGAAUUGCUUGUAAGCAAUAUCUCCUCUUCUGAGUAGUAGUACCCUUCCUGUGAAAUGUCUUUAAAAACUCUGUAUUGAUAAUCUUGUAUCAUACUUUAUAAGUUAGUGCUUCAAAACUUACCUAUGAGUAUGAAUGUUAAUUCUACCAUGUGGCUAAAAUACUUGGAAAAUGCUUCUCCCAAUUCAGUUCCCAGGGUAUCAGCAUAUAUUUUAUCCAAUGUUUUAAUGCUUCAAGUAGGAUCCCUAAGUGCUGCUGAUUAGGCAAUUAAAUAUUUAGAUGAAAGAAUAAGUGCUUUUCUGAAUCUAUUUCAAGUGAUUAAUGCUAAUUGGAUUUAUAAGAAAAGUGUGUAUAUUCUAGGGAAGUAGUGCACAAGUAUACUUGCCCUGUCUUCAGUGCAUUUCACAGGAUACAUUUUAUAUCCCUAAGGGUGGCUUGACUUCCGCAAUAUUUUUAUUUGGAUUUGUACCUAGCUCCUGCCAACCUAGCAGUUCGAAAGCACAUCAAAGUGGAAGUAGAUUAAUAGGUACUGCUCCGGUGGGAAGGUAAACAGCGUUUCCAUGCGCUGCUCUGGUUUUGCCAGAAGUGGCUUAGUCAUGCUGGCCACAUGACCCGGAAAAACUGUCUGCGGACAAACGCCGGCUCCCUCGGCCUGUAAAGCGAGAUGAGCGCCGCAACCCCAGAGUCGUUCGCGACUGGACUUAACUGUCAGGGGUCCUUUACCUUUACCUUUAAAUCUCACAGACUCCAAGUAAUUUCAAAGUAAAUUUAAAUAUAUACAACACACAAUAAUAAGCCACACCAUUCUGUCUUCCACCUUGGCUCUUCUUUUCUCACCCACGGCAGAGCCCUUUCCCUGGUCUCAGUUACAUCGUCACUAGCAGCCAUUGAUAGCCCUACCCUGCAUCCACAUACUUGCUGACAGUCAUAAAACUCUAUUAGUGAGACAUUUAUUUCCUCCCCCAGUCAAGCCUCUAUUCUUGCAUGAGGUAGACACUGUGAUGUCUCCAUUAAUAUUUUACUUAGUAUUUUAAAUGUCAUGGUUUCAGAACAAUAUCAAAGCCCUUCCAGAAAUUGCCACUGAUGCCUGCUCUUUUGCCUUUUUACACUGAAGAACUCAUGCCCUUUCUCUCAUUGAAAAGAGGGGUAGGCCCCAACAAAUUGAUACUUUGUUCCUUAUAAUCCCAACCCUUUUUGAAUUCCAUUAACUGAAAAAAAUUAUAAUACCUCACUCACUAGUCCCAUCUCAUCAAACAGAACUUCAACUAUAAUUGCCAAACUGCCUUUGGCAGUCACCCUCAGACUGUGGAAUAACCAGCCUCAUAUAAGCAAUAUGCUUAAGUCUAAUUAAUACACUACAGGGUUAAGACCAUAGAAUUCUCCUUUAGUACCUAUAUUUUUGCUUGUAUUCAUUCAACUUGUUUUUAUUAUUGCUUGUUAGCUGCCCUGAGCCUGGCCUUGGCUGGGGAGGGCAGGGUAUAAAUAAAAAAUAUUAUUAUUAUUAUUAUCACCAACAGAAAACAAAUAUGUCUAGCCUCAGGGAGGGAUGGGGAUAGGCAGGACAUCUUGAGAUGGUUGAAGGUUUUAUGGGGAUCCAAUGGUGUAAGCCCCCUAGUAUGGACUAUUAUUCAUUGGAACACACAGGUUUGAAGGGCAAACUUCUAUGCACACUUACAAGGAAAUAAGUCUUGUACAGUCGUACCUUGGAAGUCAAACAGAAUCUGUUCCAGAAGUCCACUCAACUUCCAAUACAUUCGGAAACUAAAAUGUGGCUUCUGAUUGGCUGCAGAAAGCUCCUGCAGCCAAUCGGAAGCUGCAGAAGCCCCGUCGGACGUUCAGCUUCCAAAAAUAGUUCACAAACCGGAACAGUCACUUCUGGGUUUGCGGCAUUCGGGAGCCAAAACGUUUGAGAACUAAGCUGUUUGAAAACCAUGGUAUGACUGUAUAUAGUGGGACUUAUGCCCAAGCAAGUGUGCAUAGAAUUUGACUAGGGAUGUAAAAAGUUACUGAUUUUCAGUCCAACUGAUGUUUGUCGCAAGCAGCGCUGUUCCUGUUCUGCUGCAGUUUGGCUUGCAACAAAAACGACUUUAUUAAUAUCACUGUCCACUGCAGCAGAAUUUUAUGCAAUUAAUUAAUUAUUGUAAUGCUAUUACACUAGGGUUGCCAUAUUUAAAAAACCAUGACACCUCAAAAGUUGUUGAGUACCCAAAAUUGUUGAGCGCCUGAAGUUGUUGAGCUUUUUUAAGGAAAAGCUCUACAGUUAAUAUUUUGGAACUUUAAAGUUUUUUUAUGCAUUUUCAACAUGAUUUAACCCCUGUUGCCGGUAUGACGGCCCUAUUACACAACGUAUCUCUGCAAAGGAGAUGUAAUGCAAAUAGGGGAAAACAUCAAUUACGUAAUGUUUGGACUGAAGACAAGAACAGCAAUGAAUAGGAAUUGUUUUUUCUGGGUUGAUUUGUUUUUUUGGACAUGGGACAAAUAAGCAGACAUCAGUGAUUGCAAUUUCUGUUUCUAUCAGUGUUCUCUGACAUCCCUAGAUGUGGCUGCACAUAACCUUUCUCUGGGAAAAUUGGUGAACGGCUGCUCUAGAAUGCUGUUGGUUUGCUUCCUCAGCAACUGAGGGCAGAAGUGUGAGCACCUUAGCAUGGACUUCUUCUCCACUGUGUUUCCCUCAGCUUCCCUCACCCCACCCCCACAAUUUUCUUUACGCCAGCAUUGAAAACAUGUCUUUUUUAUCAUUCUUAUUUUUUUAAUGCACAUAGUUUGUGUUUUGUAGGUUGUUGUCUCUUGUGCUUGCUUCUAAUUACUUUGAUUCCCCCUAACCUAAGUAAUUUCCCCCCUUGUAAUGUUAUGCUAAGGCACUUUUCACAUUCAGUGUAAGAUUCUGCUACCUUCUAAUGUGUGGAUUCUCUAGUUCCUGAUUAUCUUUAAUGUUGAAGCUGGCUGAAAGGAAAGUAGGUUAGAUGAGUACAUUUGCAGAAGAGCACCAGUUGGUGUAGAAGGAGUUAAGCAGUCCUCGUUCCCUCAUGUUGAUUCUCCCCUGUGAGUGCCCCCUACCCUAAUAUUCUUUGUCACAUCAGUAAACAUCAUGCUGGGAACAAAUAUUUACUAGUAUAAAGUGUUAUUUGGGCUUGAAACAUCAACAUGGAAACUGGCACACAUGCUCAGAUAACAGUCUGCAUUUAAACGAUGAAUCCGAUCUUGACCCCUGCCCCCAUGUUUCAGGAGAACAGGAAGUAUGCAAAAGAGAAUACAAUAUAGUAUAUGCCAUGAGGACUGAUAUAUUGGCAUGAAAGUUUAUAUGCUUGCUCAAGAUAGCAUUUUAGAAUUUUAUUGCAGCUUAAAAACUGAGAAAUUUAUUAUGGUAUAAGUAUCUGUGGACUAGAGUCCACUUCAUCAAAUACAUGUAUUGUCAUAUUUAGUUGGUAGGUACAUACAUGUGGGUGUAGAGUGAGAAAAUAGUAAACACUACGGUCAGACGAUUAAAUGCAGAAAGUAAAAUUUGUGACAAUUCAAUUAAUUGACCAUUCACAGCAGUAGUAAUUAAGGGCAGGAAUGGUGUGCAAUACAAUACUGUACCUCUUUACAGACUGAGAGGUCAUAUAGAAACAAGGUAAUUUACAACAUGAUUCUCUGUUUGAAGUUCAAAUACUCAGAGACUGAUACCAUUGUUAAUGGUAUAUAGGUUCUGGACAAGUUUGUCAACCUGAGUUUGAUUUCCAUAUGCAAGACCUCUCAACACUGUGCUUUAUUAGUGAUAAUAAUGAUGUAUCUAAAAAAGGCAACAAAUAAAUUCCUCCUUAAGUUUCUAGUGCUUAGUCGUUCAGAUAAUGCUCCUUAGGUUUAGCUACUUACUGCAGCUUCUUCAAAAGAAUUAUUACCAUCCUAUUCCAUGGUUACUUAUCCCCUGUAAUUGGAUUUAGGGAUGGGAAAACUGCAGGAGGUUUCCCUAGUAAGACAACCCUAAGUAUUUAAUUGUGUUUCCUCCCAUUUUGAUUAAUCAUUAAAUAAAAAAAUCAAUAAUGAUUUGGGAACAGAACAAGAAUCACAGAGACAUACUGAGAAAAGUCAAAUAAUAUUCUUUAUAACAAUGCAUUUUUUUAAAAUUUGUACCAACAUUAACUACAUGUCUCUAAUUUUGCAUGAGAAUAUGUACAAUCAGGUAGCAGAAAUUGUGUAAACAGGCAGUUUAAAAACACACUAUUGCUGCUAAGAAACACUUUACAAGGGACUACACUGCAUGUGUGUCUUCUAAAUCUGAGUAAGUCCAGUAAAGCAGCAACUUCUGGCCUGGAAGGUCUGGCAAUACGAGGUGACUCCUCAAACAGAGGUGCCUCCAAACCCUUUUGUUCCCCUGAACUUGAGAAGGGGAUCAAUGCCAGACAGCAUGACACAAACUGAGAUUUCACUAUUCUACUUCAAGUAUCCAUAAGGUAAAUAUGAAUUUGAGGCAGAUGCCUAUGGCAUUAGUGCUUAUCCUGCAAAUGCACAUGCAGGAACAGAGGCUGGCAACUAUUAUGUACAUGCUUACCUGUGUGUAAGGUCCAUGGCACUUACUUUUGACUACAGGAUAGAGCUGCAUGGCAAUAAUCUGGUGUGCAUUCUGUCAUUUCAUAUGCUGUAGAUGGGGUGGUCAAUCUACAGGUUUACAGGUGCUGUAAACACCUUUAAAAAAACUUUUAAAUAACGUGGCUAGAUUCAAGCUUUUUGGGUUGUUUAAAAAGCAAACACCAUUGCACUGCUUCCCUUCUCCAUAAGCUCCGAUAAACAACUAUCCAACCAAGUAGUCUCCUUAAGUAUCUCUAUACUACUUGUGAUAGAUUAAUGAAAUAUUAAUAAUGUGGAUCCAAGGAAAGGAGACUCUUUGAGAAAUUGCACCAGUACUUCAACAACUUCCACCCAUCAACAAAUGGAAACCAGACCAGUCCACACAGUAGGCUGACUUUCUGGACACCACUGUCGCUUAGUGCAGCACAAGCCAAACAGAAGAAGUAAGGCAUCCUUUAGGGCAAAGAUAGGGAAUCUCAGGCUGUUGGCCAAAAGUGGCUCUCUGGGCUCUCCCCAAGUUACAGCUCUCACUGGCCCUGCUUUACACCCUCCUUGAGUGCUAUUACUCAUAGCUGGCCCACCCAUGAGGCAAAGGGCCACUUCAGGCAGUAGAAGUGCAAGAGGCAACAUCCCACCCACCUGCCCCACCAGUUCUGCUGCCAGAACACCCCCCACUUGCAGGUUUCAGCAAGGGGGUGUGUGAUCCAGUGGCAGGGGUUGGCACAUUCAUGUUUCUCCUCAGGUGGUGAGAUGGGAUGGGCCUUCCUUGUUGUUACCUGACUGGAAUGUGUCCUUGAACUGUGAUGUUGCCUCUUGGUUGGCUGGAUGAAGGAGAGAGGAGGUGGUGUGGUGGGGGGGUGUUUGUGUAGAAACUAGUCUACCCUACAAAGGUAAAAUUCACAUUAGUUGUUCUGUGAACCCUUGCUUCUGACCAUGUUUGCAUCCCCUUUGGCCUGGCCCACAACAUAAGAAGCAAAGCCAAGCCUCCGUCAACAAGUAACAGCAUAAAGGAGGAGGGGUGCUCAGGUAGUAAUCCUUGAUGCAAGAACAGUACAUGUGUUCCUAUUUUAAUUUGUGUAAUGUUGAAAGGUAUGAUAGAUACUAAAUUCUGAACGAUUAAUAAAAAGUAAUGUCUGUGACAUUGCCAUUCCCAGGAAUUCUUGCCCUCGCUGCUUUGUUCCCUCUAGUCCUUAAUUUUGCUGCCAAUCCCCGCUCCAAAAUGCAUUUCCCUUUAAAAAAGCAACAACCCCAAUACACCAGGAUAAUAACAUUGGACUACCAUUCAGGGUUGUUGUAUAAUUUCUCCUCUCUCAGCAACUUUCUCCUCUCCCAGCAAGAGGCAUAUAACAACAGUUGCAGUUGGUUACUUUGCAGAACUGGCGUAACUCACUCUCCCAGCCACAGCCCUGCCCUCUGCAGUAUGGGCAUAAUAAUGAUGAAUUGUCUCUAUGUAUGUAUUGGCAGAGUGUUUUUUAAAUGAUUACAAACUGGGGAGGGGGAAAAUCUAAUUAAGAUCCACAUUAGAAAUAUAUUGCCUUUGCUAUUAUCUUUUGUUUUGGGUUGACACACUACUUCCCAGUCACAAUGAUACUAAAAUCCUGGAUAAAUGAGUUGUUUUCUAUGGGGCAGCAAUCACUUUUCCACAGGGAAGAACAGUAGAAAAUGCUUAAAAGCAAAUGAAGAUUUUCUUUCUCCAGAGUCUUCUAGGCAAUUGGUCUUCUAGCCUCCUCUUUGUUUAGCUGGCAAGAUUUGCUUUCCUAAAUGUCAGUCAUUACUAUGACUUCAUUUAUUGGCUAAAAAUACAGACAGAUGGGAGAGGCUAGUUCCUCACAAAACAAAAAUGCCUGCACAUUUUGGCUUCAUAUUCCUGAUUCUACAAGUGCUGGGAUCUUUCAUUUUUAAAAAGUAUGAUUGGGAAUCUGGGGGUUAUGGCUAAUGAGGGAGCAAUGCGCCCCCUUGCGGACGCCCAUGGCAUAUACCUAAGUGUAAACAUGCGUGUUCUGGGAGCAGGGAUGUUACAAAACGCUUUCUAGUAUGACUUCAGAGUGGGGCACCACACUCUUAUUAUAGCACUAUAACAAACACUGCUUUGUCUGGAUCCUGCUGCGCUGACCUUGUGUCCCAUGCGCUAUAAAGAACGGUAACUAUCAUUAUUUGAUAAAUAGGGCUCACGCCUGCGCGGCUCCAAAAGGAGGUUUUUUGGUGUGUUUUUUGUUUAAACCCGGCUUUUCCAAAGAAGACAAAGAACACAUUGGGAGUCGGUGUAAAGCCUCCACGCAUGCGCUGGCGGUCGUAGGGAGGUGUCUGAAAGAUGAGACGGGCGGGCAUUGUGCGCGUGCGUGGGAGAGCCAUCUCGGGCAGCCUUUCAUUGUGGGAGCAACCUUACUUCUCGAGGAGCUGGGAGGGCCCUUGCGAGCGCGCAUAUACGAGUUCUUCUUGGGAAGGUUCCGGAGCCUGUGCGCGCUCCCGUCGCUAGAUAGGCGCGUUCUCUUUCUGUCUGUCUCUCCCUCUUUCCUGUCACUCCCCCUCCUCCCGGCUUUGGUGAGCGAGACUUUCCAGAGAGCUCUCCCUGCAGCAGCAUUAGCAGCCGCAGCGCCAGGUAGGGUUUCCCAGCACGGUGCGAUCUGCUCUUAGGAGAGCAGCUGCACCGAGGGCCUUCAGACUUUGCAAACCUUUGGGUGGUGGGGAUGGACGGGCGGGGGUGCGUUAGGCGUACAGGUGCGUGCGGUUACGCAGUGAAUGCGCUUGCAGUGGCUGGAGGGAGAGGCGCCGCGCCAUGCAAUAUAGCUUUGGAUCCGAUGGCUUCAGUACGCGGCGUAAUUCCGUUUGCAUAUGAUGUCGGUAGAUCUCUUAAUGCUCUCUUCACAGUUAUACAACUCUCCUAAUUUUCAGCAAUCUGAACAGCAUUCAUCUCUUCUCCUUUAACCACACCCCUGCCUCUGAAAAGAGGAGCCCUAUUGCAAAGAAAUACGCACUCGCCACCUGCCAGCGCGUGUGGCAGUACAAAUACGUUAUUUUCCUCCCUGGUCUAUUGUAGCUUUAUUAGGGCUCCUUUCCAUCAUCAUUCAGUGGAGAGGCUUGUAAUCGUAAUGCAAAAUGGGGCAGUAGGGGUGUGUCUCUUAGGAUCUCAAGGGUAGGCUUAAUUGUAUGUAUCUCUUUAUAAAUAUUUUGCAACAAACAACAUCUACUUUUAUUCUUUUUUUUUUGAAAUAAAUAACAUUGUAUAGUAAUAAGUUGCUUGGAAUGCAGUUUUUGCUUGUUUUUGGCAAUUUGAGGCACACUUUCUUUUUUUCUUUUUAAAAAACACCCAUAUGUAGCAUUUAAUUUUAUCAUUUAACAAAUGAUCUGCUAACUUUAUUUGGAAUUAUAGGUGAAUUUUAAGGAACCCUUUUUUUGACCCUGUUAACUGUCAUUUUCCCCCCAUCUCUUGUCUCUGAUAGGUUUGGUUUCCUGCUUGGGAGACUGGUUUUGAUUGUGAGGGUGAUGGCGAAUGAUAGGCUGUUGGUGCUGCAGUAGGUGUGGAUCUUGGAGAGAGAAAAAGGGUGGGCUCUCCUUCAUAUCAGUGGUGCCAUGUUUUGCAGUCCAUGUCAUAUUUCCAGCAUUGCUUAGAUAAUUAUGAUGUUGGGGAAAAUAGCCUAAGAAAGGAAAAUGUAUUCUGUGUUAGCAUUUUUUUUUUUUCAUUGUGGAAAUCGGAGAUAGGGUAAAUGACCUGCACAGUACUCUUUUCUACGAGCUGAGUUGCUUUGUUCCUCUAUAUGGGUCAGUAUUAUGGGAUUUAUAUUUAGGAUUCUUAAUUCUUGGGUGUAACAGUAGCACAAGACUGGUGAGUUGAAAGAGAAUGAAAAUGACUCUCUCCCCCUUCUCCAUGCAUAUUAUGUUAAUAGUUACUGUUCUGAGCAGAAAUAUAACAGGGAGAUAGAUGAUUCCUGAUCAAGAUGUGGUGGAAAGCUGGGGGGGGGGGGAGCGCACACAGCUUUCUAGAGAAUCAUAGUCACCCAAAGAUUCCAGCUUGAUUAUUCUGUGCAUUCAUUGUUUUUCUCUCUGUCUCAGAUGGUUUUCUCUGAGAGAAAAAUGGAUCUGAGUGUAAUAGCAGCAGCUGGUCACGCCCCUGCUAGGCUAGAAUACAUGGAUGCAAAGUGCAGUUCUCAUUGGGUAAAGACUGUGGUAUGCUCCUGUAGUUUUGGGUGGGGAUAGAGAGGAAAAAACCCUUUUGUCUACCAGCAGAAUUGGCAUUAAAAUAGAUGCCUUGCUAGAAUGAAUAUAGAAACACAUUUUUAUUAUGGAUUUUUCCCGUAAGUGAUGCUGCAUCUUCCAUUUUUUUUAGUGGGGAUAAUUGGUCAUUGUAAUGUGCAAAUAAACUACUAUAUUGGUAAGUAAUGCCACUGAUUUGUCAGCAAGGGCUGCAUGGUUAGACUGGUGAGAUCAUAGAAUUCUAGGGUAAAAAAGAUUCCUGGGAUUGUCCUUAUAUUUAUUCAGCCUUUUAAAUAGUCAGUGUAUGUGCUAUAACUUUCCUAAUCCAUGGUUGCUAAUUUAUAGUUCUUUAGACUGUUUAAAUCAUUUGCAUAUGAUGUCAUUAAUUCUUAAAACAAUCCUGUAUGGUAGGUUAGUUUAUUGUCCCUAUGCUACAGGUGGGAAUUGGGGAUGAGGGACUGACUGUUCUCUGAGUUCAUAGCUGAGGUGAGAUUUGAAGAAGGAACUUCUUGGCCACUACACCAGCUCUCUAAUACAUUAUUUAUUAAGACUUCUUUCUAUUCUACUUCAGUCAUGAAUGAAAGCAUAGCAUUUGAACAUAUUUGGUGGUAAUCCCUUUAGAUGCAUUGCAAAGCUUUAAUUUUAUGGUUAUAAGAAAAGAGCUCUGUCUCUAGGAUCUGGUACUGGAGUUAGCCAGAUUUUGGUCUUGCAUCAUCCUUGCAUUUCACUUAAUGAUUUAGAAGAAAUUUAGGGAAAUUCCUGCCACCAGCUAAUACAGAUAUUUUAGCUGGAGAAACUCUUAUUUCUUGGGUUGUUUGGAACCAAGGAAAAAGCUGAUGUGGCCAUCAGGUUUUCCCCUAGUUCCUUCUAACUGGUGUGUGUCUGAGCAUUCCAGUAGAUGUAUUUGUGGUUGCAGUGCCAAGAGGCAGAGACAACCUCACCAGUGCAUAACAGAGCAAUACUAUCAUGUUUAUUUGGAAGGAAGUUCCACUGUGUUCAGUGAGGUCUAUUACUGCUAAGUGUGUUUAGGGUUCCAACCUAAUUUGCACAAGAAACUCAACUGAAGUUACCACUAUACUUAUGAAACAUUGCUUUCAAGCAUCAUUCCUAAAUACAUCAAAUUCAAAGACAACAUGGGUUUUCCACACUUGCACCAAGUUGUUUGCAUGAUUUCAAUGUAUUAUAAGUAGAAACCCAUUUCCCUGUAUUGCCCCCCCCAAAGCCAACAACAAAAAGGUAGGUAUAUUGUAUCUUGACUGAGAGGUCCAUUCCCUGUAAAGAAGAGUUCUCAUAGCUCAUACUUUCGAAGUAAGGUAGAGGUAUGUGCAUGCACAUAUAGCCCUCCUCAAUAUGUCAACACCAACUUGUUUUAAACUAAUUUUAUCAUUAAAAUAUAUUUAAAAUGCAUACCUUGUGGUAUGCCAUUUUUAUUUUGCUGAUCUGCAUAUAUCGUAUCUUGUGCAGCCUAUCAAAUUUUAGGCCCAAUAUUUCUCCAAGAAAAAAACUGUCUCUUUGUGCUGGGGUGUGUGUGCAGAUUUCAUGCAGAACAGCAACACACGAGGAAAUAAACCUCAAAAGUUGCUGCAGAAAAUUAUAUAAUUUACAAACUUACUCUACUUUCUUAUUAUGCCUGAUGCAUUUUUGAGUGUGAACAUACUCUUGAUCAGAAGCAGCUAUUAAAAAACAAAACUUCAUAUUUCAGAAAAUACUUCAUAAACUUAGCAGCCUCUUCAUACCAUUUACUUUUUUUGUAAAAGAGUGAUCAUUGCAUGCUAAUGUAAAUGUAUGCCUUGAAUAAAUGCCUUUAAAAAAGUGUUAUGUCCAGGAUCUUAAAGUUGAAUGGAACAGACGGUUAAAGUAUUCCAUUCAGCUCAGUCAAUUGAAAGUUGCAUGUAUAUGCAGUGUUUCAUUAGAUUUAAAAUUGAGAGUGAUACAGCAAAAAUUGGUGUUUCCAGUAUGUUGGACAUCACAGUGCUCUUACAGAAAGAGAUUUGUUAGUUAGAUGUUGGCAGUGUAAUGCUGAAAAUUCCUCUUUAUGAUGUGGGCAUGUCCUGUAAUGGUUUCUUUCUUGUCAGAAGUUACUGCUCAUAUCAACUUUGUUUUAAGAAAAUCAUUAAUAUUUGCACUCAUAAAUUAUAUUGAACUAACAGAAUAACAACAAAAGUGAGUUUUAUGAGUCCUUUUGGUGUCUAAGAGACUUAUACUGCAAGGUUGGAAGGACAAACAACUACCAUUUCUCACCCAAUGGAUUGAAGAUCUCACUGCCCUUUCUGUAUUUGAACACAUGGGCUUGUAAUAAUUAGUUUAGAUACCUAUUUGGACUGUCUUUAUUAAUACUGUACAUAUAAGUACUGUACAUAUAAACCAGGAUUGAUGGAAUAUACUUAUUGUUAUUAUCAGCUGGCAGUGUUUUUUUUAAAUUAUUAGGUUUUAUUUGCUUUUGUUCUCUCUGCUAUAUUUGUAAAUAUAGGAAUGUCUUUAAAAAAACCUAACCUGCCUCUUUAAAUCAGCAUUGACAGUUUCAUUAAUUCUGUAGUGGGUGUGCCAACUCAGUGGGUUGUAGCCAGCUAUGUUCUACUCAGAGUAGACCCAAUGAAAUUACUAGACCAAAGUUAAUAAUGACCAUUAAUUUAAAUAGUUCUAUUCUAUGUUGGAUACAACCUGAUAUAAGCCAUUGUUUCUGUUAUCAAGACAUGACUUCAGAGACUCCUACUUAUUCUUAAAAAGAGAAGAGAACCUUUUAGUUAUCUGUAAAGAUUAUUGUGAUGGGAAGGAACCUUAGGUGGUAGAGUCCAUGUUGGGAUGUAGAAAGUCCUAGGUCCAGUCCCUAGUAUCUCCAGCUAAAAUAUCUGGUAGGAGGUCAUGUGGAAGAUCUAUCUGCUUAAGACCUGGACAGUUGCUGGAUGAACAAAUCUGAGUUGACAGGUAGCUUCCCUGUGGAAGAGAGCAAUGGUUUUAAGCAACAGCAGAGACCUUGAACUUGUAGAUCUUCAGUGUGUCUUCUGAAUGAGGAGCUUUUUAUCUUUUAGAAAGAAGCUUCUAAGAAAGUCAUUACAAGAACCUUUUAUGCAAUCUCCUUCGGGAGUUUGCUCCAAGCUUGCAUUUUAUCCUAAGAUCCAAAAAGCCACAACUGGUCUUAAACUGUAGAGUAAACUCUAAAACUCAUGCAAGGAGGUUGAAAAGGAAAAAUGGACCUAGAAUUACUUGUUUUAGAAGAACUUACUGUAUAAAUUUCUUCCUAUCACUGUCAAAACUAAUUCAUUCUAUAGAAGAAACAUGGUUCUGAACUAAAGGAGUAGGAAUACUUGACUCUUAAUUCAGCACUUUAAGGGUGAACUGUAUAGUUUUAGAAGACACUAUGGAUCCAAAGACAAAACUGGUGGUUAUAAAAUGAUAGUUAGAAAAUUCACAGUCAUUGAUUCAAGUGAACAAAUUUGGCAGUCCUAGACUUGUAUAUGGAUCAGAAUGCAGCUAUUAAACUGCACACUUCAAAUUUUGCCUUUCAGUUUUAGUUAAAAAUGCAUAGAAGGUGUGUCUUUUCUUGGGAAAUGCAUUGAGAAGUAUAAAAAAUGCAUGUGUACAUUUUAUACAUUUUUUAAAAAAACAGAACAGGAAAGACUUAUUGAAUGUAUUGAGUGGAUGUGAAACUGAUACAGAAUGGAAGUAUUUGCCCAUUCCUACUUGUGCACCCUGAUUCAUUUUUUAAAAUUCUUACAGCCUAUGACAAGGAUGCUAAAUAGCAUAAAACACUGGAGCUACUACAUGUUAUAAAACAAAUGAGAACACGUGUUCUGUGGUCUACAAGGUUAUAGGAGAAUGUUUGUCUAACUGUGUUUACCGUAUAUAUAGUUUCCUCAAGGAAAAAAGUUCUUCUGGUGAAUACAUUCCUGGCAAUAAUUCUGAUCUUUUAAAAUUUAACACUUUUAAUGCUGUGCAUCAACUUUUGACUUAUAGAUAUGUCCAGUUGUAUUCCAGCUGCAUGCUGGCUGAUCUGAUGUUCAGCCCACACCAUUACCAAGACCACAAAGCAAAAAUCUUAUUUAAUUUUUGAGGUAUUUCUACCCCACACUUUAAUAAAAUUGGCUUACAAAAUGUAACAACACAAUAAAACAAAUUAAAAGCACAUGGAGCUGUAUUAAAACCAGUAAAUCAUUAGAAGCAGCAUAAAAACAACAAAUCCAGUUAAUGGGUCAAAUUGAAUUGCAAAGCCUGAGAAAAUAAAUAUCUAUCUUGUUUGGUGCUGAAAUGAGUUUGCAGUGGUGGUGCCCUGAUUUUAUAAUGCUCUUCCUGGGAAGGCCCUUUCUCUGGUAGCCAUCUGCACCUCAAGUGGUGGAAGAACUUAAAGAGCCUUGCCUAGUGUACGUACAGGACCAUGUUAAUACAAUCCUUUGGGUAUCAUAGUGCCAAGCCAUGAAGGAUAAAAACUAGCACUUGAGAACUGAACCUGGAAAUGAAUUGAUAGUCUGUGCAGUUGAUGGAGCACUAGUAUAAUUUUACAAUGCCUGGUCUUUGUUAUUUAUCAGCUAUUGUCUAAACUAAUUUCUGUUUCUGAACUGUCUUCAGAGGCAACCCAAUGUAUACUAGAUAACAGUAGUUUAACCUAGCCAUCACCGGAGCAUGAGACCUGAGACCUGGCUUUCUCAGUUCAGAUAGGUAUGCAGCUGACAAAGCAGCUUAAGCUUCUAGAAGGUGCUUUCUGCCAAUAUGGAAAUGUGAUUGAGAUGGUUUAAGAAGCACUCUGAGACUGCAGGCCUAUUCCUUUGGAGAGAGUACAACUCUGUCCAAAACAGGAUGAACAUCAUUUAGCUGAGCAGAUUUGCACCUAUGUAUUCUUCAUUGUGUCUUCAUCCUACCAGUUUCCAUUCUCAACCAUCAGUUAUGCUGGGUGUGAUCUGCAUAUUGAUGGUACCUAACUCCAAAUCUUCUUGUGUUCUCUUUGCUAAUACUGUCCAAGUCCAGUAAAUAAUUUCCUACACUCCACUGCCAGAAAUACCGGUAUAUCUUUAGAAAGGCUUUGGAACAAAGUCUUACUUGCUUAACCUGAGAAAAUGAAUCUUGGACCAUGCAGCUCUUAAUGGUCCAAGACACAGAAAGAGCAACAUCUUUUCCGGCCUGAGGUGAGAUCAAAGGACAAAAACAAAUCUGUGUGUUGGCAUAGAAGUUGAGCAUUUGGGAGCUCACAUGAUUCCUUUCUGUGGCUUCAUUCCCAGAGACUACAGCAGUGGAGUAUUGAGAAGCAGAGUGAUAUAUUAUUUCGCAGCAUUACAGGAGGGCUACUGUUGCUUGUUUAUGGAGAGCAUAAAAUCAAGGGACAAUGUAGAGGAACUCCCUCCUUCAAUUAAUGGAACUGUACCAGACUCUGGAAAAGCACCCACAUGUGACAUUAACCCUCUCUUCACUUCUGCAGCCAGAUACUAUUUUACCAAAUUUGACAACUUACUGAGCACUAUUGAAAUUUUCUGAAUAUUUAUAGAUUUCAUGGGGAAUCUGUGCUGGACUACAACUUCAUCAUCCCUGACCAUUGGGCUUGAUGGCCGUUGGUAGCCCCAAAACAUCUGAAGACCUAGGUUAGCCCCCCCCAAUGAAUGGUACUAGUCCAUGGGGCAUUUCCUGGACAUGGUUAGCGCCAGAUUUUGUGGCUCUUGGGCAAAAGAUCUGCAGUGAACCCCUGUCCUCAUAGCUUGCCUGUCUCCGAUUCCAAUGAUUGUAGUGGCAGUAGGCUUACUGGCUCUAUUAGGAGGCAAGAUUUAAUUGUUUUGCAGCUGUCGUACCAACCCUUCUUCAGCCCCAGUCUCCAUCACUUCUGAAAACCCGUACUAGUGUUCAAAGUAACUUCAAAACACACCAGCUUUUCUUCUGGUACUUCCAUUCUGCUGCUGCUGUGUGUGCUUGCACUCAUGUGAGAGCUGGAUUGAGGUGCUGCUGGAUGACUGCAAGGAGGAGCAACCACCACUGUUCUGUGGAGGUAGUGCAUGGUAGCUGCAUUUGCUGUUCUACAACCUAUCCAGUUCUGUCUGGCUUUGUGUGUUUGAGAACAUACAGAAGGCGAGUAGAGGAGCUGGUAGGCUAGCUGCAGGUAAGUGUGUGUGUUUCUCUACAACUACUUUGUUCCACCUCUUCUCAAGGUGGCCUGUUGAACAGGAGCAGUGGUUUCCCCACUGUUUACAGGGCUAGAGUCCUGAUGUCAGCAGUUGAUGUUGAGCUAUCGUAGGUACCUCACAAAGCAGCCUACUACCGAUCCUGAUCUUGAUAGAAUUCUGCUUUGUCCCAGUGCCCAGACUCGGAUAAUAGUAACCGAAAGAAGCUUUUCUUUCCUGUUGCAAGUUGGAAAGUAUUUACUUCUUGCAUUCAAGUGUCCACCAUCCUGCUGUAUAGAGAGGAUUGCCAGCUGGGUAAGUGUGUGGCUGACAUGGAGUCCUGAUACUGAAAUUGGGUCUUUCAUUUUUUCCUCCAAUUAAGGGAGCAUGGAAGGAGGGCAUGUGACUGUCCAGGAAGAAUAUACUGAAGAUAAAGUAUAUUUUGUGGCAGCUAUGACAUAGAGGAGGAAUUUCAGUGUUGUUGCAUGGAUUUGGUCUGAGGAACUGAUCCAGCUGUAGACUGCAAUAAUUUGCUACAACCCACACAUAAUUCUGUGGCUAAGGGAAAUAAAAUCCUUUAAAAAACAAACAAACCAAAACAGCAGAUGUGUAUUGUGCUCUGUAGCGAGGAAAGUACUUAAGGUGUAGCAUUUAAAUAACUUCAGCAUUUCAGGCAUUAUGUCCUGCAGCCUUUGAUAGAGACUCCAUUAAGAGGAUGGAAAGCAGAGAGGCCUUCAUUUCAAAGGCUAUUCAGCUAAGUGCAGGCUGUUUGUGUGUGGUUUUUUUUUCUUCUGAAAGCCUGCAUUCAUUGACAACAAGCAUCCAAGAAGCAAACUGUCCGUUGACUUUUCACAGAAAAAUGCAAGUAUUACUGAUGGAGUAUAUUAUAAGUACAUCUAAGUUUGGGACUCACUUUUAGCGAUACUGCUGCUAUAAAGAAUUAUUUUAAAAUUUAUAGCAAGCGGUUUCUCUUUCUUCACUUAGAAUAUGGGCAGUGGUUUGAAAAUUACUUGUUUUUAUGAUGAAACUAUUAUGUAGCACUUGGGGUUCACCACACAACCACAGGGGCAUUGUUCAGAUUUGGGUGUCCUAAAAAUCUUCAUUCCAUUUAUUUAAGUUCCUAUAAUGGCACACAAAAAUGUCUGAUUCAGAACUUAAUAAAGUUGAGUAGAAUUUUAGCAUUUUGGUGCUGAGGAAAGAAAGAACAAAGAGAGAGUCAGUGCCAAAAAAGAAGAAGCAAAGCUUCAAAAUGAGUUUUGAAAUGAAAGAAGCUGUGGUUGUUUCAAUGAGGUUUCACUGAAGUAAGCCAGUCUUCAAGACAAUGAAUUAUGUCUUUGUGGGAAAGGUGUGGUAGGAGAUAUCACUUUACAUCUCCUGAGGUGUAAAGUGAGCUUCAACUGCUCACUGACUGAUGAGCCCCUUUGCAUGGUGGCUUGGUAGGCAUGCUUACCUUCAAACAUACACCUAAAGUGAGAGAGGAAGAGUUUUUUUUGGUUUGUUUUUUGAGGGGAGAAAUACACAUAAACUGGGCCCCUGCAUGGAGCAUCUAUGUUCACACAUCUUGGAUAUGUGUUCAAAUGAAGUUGUGUGUGUACAUUGCAGAAGACUGUCAACUGGUUAAGUGUGUGAACUAGAACUGAGGACUGAUAAUGAAAACAGAAUCCUGUACUUAUCCUUGGACUGGAUUUAAGCAUUUGGUGAUAUGCUUAAACUCUCUCUAUUUCAGGGAACACAGAAGGAGGGAAUGGGACUGAUGUGAGGGUGGGAUUUCAAGGUUUAAUUCCAAAGGUUCUAGGCUGAAGACAUCACAUAUAUAUUGCAGCUAUGCAAGUGGAAGAAAGUGUUCUGCCUUGAGUAUGGCCAGUACCUUAGCUGCUGUGAGAAGUGGGACAGGGAACUGUCAUGGGGAAAUGGAAGGAGAAUUAACUUGGGCAUGUGAGCCUGGUGAAAUAAGAUGACAGAUUGCCUAAAGCAAAAGUGGAAAUACUCCGGCUGUGUUCACAUAUUUAGAGGUGUGGUGGUCUGGGGUUGCGGGAGGUCACAGAGCCUGCAGCAGAGUCCCUGUCAUCAAUGGCCAUCCAAUCAGCACUAAAAGCUUGCUUUUUAGCCACAGAGAUGUUUUUUCACCCUUUUUGCUGAUGGGAGCCAGUCAGAGUAAAAGGAGGUGAGUCAGUGACAGGACUGGCUCCUAGCUAGGGUCACUCUGAGGAAGGCACACAGGAAUAAUACAGAGUUGUUCUGUAUGCUCCAAAGCUAAAUAUUUAGGAACACUGAAAACACAAGGUGCUUCAGUUUCAAAAUAAUGGUUUGCAAGUUCUGUUACAUACGUUGGAACCUGAAGGAAAAGACACUUGAUGUCACUCCAAAAAAAGAUAUUUCAGCACUCCAAAUUAUUUGCACAGAAAAUAGCAACUCUAGCUGAAAGGCAACACGUGGAGAUCUGUAUUGAUCAUUGUAAUGUGUCCCUAAUUAUUAUUGUAUAAUUAUAAGACUCUUGUAUAAUCUUUUUAAAAAAUCUGUGUAUUGAUUUUGUAUGAUAUUGAACAAACCUAAGUGCAUAAUCUCCCCUCCCACCUUUUAAUUAUUGUAUUAUUAGAAGGGUGUGUGGCUGUGGGGGGGGGGGUGUAGUUGUGACUCAUGAAGGGACCCUGAAUUUCUGAACUUGCCACUACACUACUGCACAUAACCAACUGUAAGAUGUAGUUUGAAACAUGUUAUAGAUUACCAGUAAUGCAGUUCAGAUGUGCCCACCCUACUCCUCUCUGCUGAGUGGGGAGGAAAUAAGCCACAGUUUAGCGUUAUAUGUGAAUCAACACUUGCAGUUCGUUUCUCUCCAUGUGCUGAUUUGCACAUGAUGUUACGCCAUUGCUGUAGUUUGCUUAUUUCCAGCUUGACAAAGGGAGGAGCAAGGUGGGAGCAGUUUGAACAUUUCCUCCUUGUUGAUGUCAUUGGAUAAAAAGUGCUGUAUAAGGGCAAAGGAUUUCAUGAUCUCAAAACUGUUGAAACUCUCAAUCUAUAGGUUCAACAGGAUGAAUGAAAGGAACUAAGGCUACCCUAGACUCCCCACCUUCUAUGUAUAUAUUUCAUGGAUGUCACAGCACAGGUUGUUAGUUUACGAUGCAAGGGAGAGAAGGGGAGGUGACCAAAACAAUGAAUGUCACCCUUUGUUUGCCCUUCCCAUUAUGUGCUCUUCUGUGCUGCCACCAAGUACCGUAAAUGGUUGUUGUGUCGUUCCCCCCCCCCCCACUACCUUAAUUGAAAGAGCACUUUAUAUUAGGGGCAGGGAACCUGUGGCCCAAUGGAUGUUGUUAGACUACAUCUCCCAUCAUCCCAGAUGCUGUAUGGAAAUAGGUAUAUGUAAUGAGUAUGAGUUACUCGUACGUAAACUGGUGCCUCUCUAGGCUAAUUUGCCUUGUUAAACCUUUCUGACUGCACAGCCCUUUCUCAUCGUGGCUGCCUCAGUCGCUGGCAGAAUCCGUCAGUGGGCGUUUCUUGAACCUCUUCCAACAUAAAAGUUGUUUGACACCCAGUCUCCUCCUCCUCUCACUGCGCGGGAGUCUUCUGCGCAGGGAGGGCGUGGGUAGCGGAGGACCUGUCCCCUCCUCACUGAGGUCCAGUGAAGAGUCCUGGAGCCCUCUCUCUGAUUCCCCCAUCUGCCCCUCUUUAUCCCUGGUGUUGCGCUGAUUUGCUUCCCCCUCUACUGAGCUGUUUCUCCCCCUGCUGCUGGGUCCUUCGCCAGCAUCAUCUAGGAGCCUCCCCUUCGCCUCUCGCUCCGAUGUCAGUUCCCUGACAGUAUAUGAGAGUUGAAGUCCAACAAUAUCUGGAGGGCCCCCAGGCCCCCAAACGUGAUAACACACGUGAUAACAAACUUUGGUGUUUCUUGUAGACUUUUUGCUGACCCAGCUGGACUGGAUAGAGUGCAGCUUGGAUGUGAGUUGAAAAUCAAGGAAUCAGGCCAAGGCUAAAUCUCCAUUAAAUUUAGUUUUUACUAAAGGCGUUGAAAAGCAGUAGUUAUUAUAAUGGUACUUCUAGGGGAAAAACAAGGUUUUAAAGCUGCGUUAGCAGUUAAGCAACUAGGAUAUGAAGGUAAAGGUAAAGGUAAAGGUACCCCUGCCUAUACGGGUCAGUCGUGUCUGACUCUAGGGUUGUGCGCCCAUCUCACUUAAGAGGCCGGGGGCCAGCGCUGUCCGGAGACACUUCCGGGUCAUGUGGCCAGCGUGACGAAGCUGCUCUGGCGAGCCAGCACCAGCGCAGCACACGGAAACGCCAUUUACCUUCCCGCUAUAAAGCGGUACCUAUUUGUCUACUUGCACUUAGGGGUGCUUUUGAACUGCUAGGUGGGCAGGAGCUGGGACCGAACAACGGGAGCUCACCCCGCUGCGGGGAUUCGAACCGCCGACCAUGCGAUCGGCAAGCCCUAGGCACUGAGGUGUUACCCACAGCGCCACCCGCGUCCCCGGGAUAUGAAAGUAACAUGGUAAAACACAUCCAUUUAAAUCUUGUUUACAAUGUUUUCCUACUUAAGCAAAGUUUACUUCAGCUCAUCCUAAUUCUGUGGUAGGGCAGUUUCCAGACUUCUUGUUUAGAUCAGCUUCUUUUAUCACUGUAAUCUGGGUCUUAUGCAACUCUCAGCAUCCUGGCUUUUUCCAGUUUUAAUCUUUUGGAAUGGACUUCCUACCUGCUUGUCAGUUUCACUUAUAAGCAAUAUUCCAUUCAAUCAGUAGUGCAAUAGAGUAUUGCUAAAUUUCUAAUUUGUAUAAGGUUUUUCUUUGUAGUUUACCUUCCAUGAUCUUUUUGACACCCCCCCCCCAACCUGGAACAGCUUCUAAAUUCCAAAUGACCCAAUACCUAAACAGAAGGCAACCAUUUUAUAACUAAACACAAAAUGGCUGAAGUUUAGUUUUCUUCACACACAUUUGGAAUCAAAGGAAACAUAGGGUUGUAUUCAACCAAAUCCUACUCAGAAUAGACCCAUAGAAACCAAUGAACCUAAGUUAGUAAUGUCCUUUAUUUUCAGUGGUUCUACUCUCAGUAGGAGUACUAUUAAACACCUUGCAUAAAUUGUGUCAGUUUAAAAAUUAAUUAUAACAAAAUAAAUUGCCAUAUAAUCUUAGUAAAGUGCUUAUCUGAGUUGUUUGUACCAACUCUGUCAUGCAGCUCUAUUUUUAUAUUAAACUAUAUUAUAAAAAUAGUUCCUUUGACAAUGAUCUAUGCCUAUGGCAGAGUUAAGUAAUGUGCAGCCACUCAGUCUGAAUGUAGGCCAUGAAAUCAUGGUGCAGCUGUCAUGUAGAGGGAAAAUGGCAAUUUUCUAAACUUUAUAGUUGCACAGCUAAAUAUAAUAGGCCAAAAUGAUAAAAGAAGGAAAUUAAAAAUCCUUGAGGCUAAUUCUGCCCUGAAGGACAGGAUAGAAAUUUAAUAAAUAAAUAUUUUUUAUUUUGCUGAUCCUUGCAUAAUCUGCUUUAAAAAUGCUGCCAAUUCCCAGAGAGAUCUUGACCUUGUUUUAAAGUACAAACUUAGAAGUCCUUUUUAUAAUUAAACUUGCUUUUCUACUCUAAGAUGCCUGACAAAAACUGAUUUCGUGAGUGUAGUGAUUUGAUGCAAAUAAGUGAAUUCCCUUUUCCUCUGCCCCAUUCUCAUAGAAGAACCAGUUGAUUCCAGCUACCAUUUUAUUGACAUUGAGUGAGUCAUAUGAUCCUAUGCGCAACCAUGAAUGAAUCUUCAGUAACAUGAGAUUUCAGAGAAACAUUAUUUUGGGCUAGCUCUAAAGUAGGUUGUGCGUUCAUGCUUACAGCAUGUGUAUCUAUAAAUGGUUUUUCCAUUCUAAAUAUAAAGUUUAUUUCAUAACAUUUUUGAGAAGUUAAAUUAUACACCAAAAGUCUAGUAGCCCCCUCUGCUGAGUGAAUGUCACACUUGAUGGGACCACUGAUGUGAUGUGCCUGACCUGGUGAAUAGCAGCAACCAAAUACAAAUCAGUGGCCUAUUUAAGGGACUACCUUUCAUGCAGGGUAGGUAGAGAUUAGGGUGGCAAUGAGCAGAUCCACACCAUACAUUUAAAGCACAUUCAAUGCAUAUAACCUUCCCCUAAAGAAUUCUGGGAACUGUAGUUUCACACUCAAAGCUGUAAUGUGCUGGGGGGGGGAGGAGAGAGAAAGGAGGGGAUAAAAGGGGGCAGACACCCAGGAAAAAAAGCUUUAGCAAUCACCCCCCCACACACACACACCAUUGCACCCAAUUGUAUUUUGACUCUGCAUGAUUUUGGCUUUAUGCCCUAUCUCUAGAAUGUAACCCCCACGUAAGCUGUGGGUCUACUGUAUUUUAUUUUUGUUCAGUUGCAUUAAUUAUGUCUCAAUUUGUUUCUGUACCUAUAGAUUAGCAUCUGCAAAUUUUAUGUAAAUAUGCCUUUCUGUCCAUUUUUAAUGACACAGUUUCCACACUUUGUGGGUGGGUGGGUAGUUUGCUAGUAACUAUCCUAGUAGAAGUGGGUGGAGAUUGACAUUAUGUGACAUUUUUGCCACAAGCUCUGCUGAUGUUCUAAAAUUAAUCACAACUGGGGCUGAGACUGUAACUGAGCUACUACUGUACAGAACAAGUUUUUAUUUUGGGGCAGACAUUCUGUUAGCAAUAAUGUUACUUUCGUGGCAAAUUUGUUGGCUCUCCAAAGCAGGGGUUGGCAAGGUUUACCUUGCAUGGGCCAGUUCACUCCAGCAGAGAUACUUAUGUGGGUCGGAUUGUAUGCGUGCGUGAAUGCGUGCCCCCGCGAUUUCCGGCGCCUGUGCCUGCGCAGCCAUGGUUAUCAGCGCUGCGGAAGCGAGUCCCCGCUCUGCGCUGUGCCAGUUUAGCGCAGCGUGCGGGGACUCGCUGAGUGGGCGGCUCGGUUUGGGGGUGGUUUGUGGGCUGGUUAAACAACUCCCGUGGACCACUUGUGGGCCUUAGGUUGCCUACCCCUGCCCCAAAGCCUUUGAGAUAAAAUUAUGUCUUAUUUGGUGAUUCCUUAUCCUGCAAUCUCUAGCCCUUUCACUUAGUAGUACAGUACAUAUCCAGUUCCACAGCAGGAAUAGGAAAUGGAAUGUCACAGGGAUAGGCUAGAAAAAGGAAUUCUUUAAAAAAGAAGCUUUUUAUUUUUUCUUUCCUCCAAAGAGCUCAGGACAGCAUGCAUGGUAUUUCCGUCCUCAUUUUAUUCUUACAAUCGUGUGAUGAAGUCAGUCCAGGAGAUUGGCCCAAUAAACUUAUGGCUGAGCAGAGAUUAGGCCUCUCUGGUCCCUCCUCUUCCACUACUAGUAAGGAGUUGUAGGAUAGAACAGAACUAGAACUAAUACCGGACUAAAUUAGUGCUGAUUAAUCCCAAGAGACAUGUAUUGACCCAUCUUUAAUGGGAAACAAAGAACAGCUUUUAGAAUGUUCAUUCCCAUGCCAGGCCACUUCAUCAGUUAUCUAUGCCCCAUUGUAGUCUUCACAGAUCACUUCAACUGUAGAAAGUUAAAUGUGUAAAGACAACAUAAUGUGGUUACUUUUAGUAAUAAAGGGAUACUCUCAAUAAUUCUGUCUAACAAACAAAGCAAGAACAAUCUGUUUCUUAGAUUGUUUUUUUGUUUCUUUAGGCAAAAUUAUCCCUUUUCCAAAGAGCAGUUUCUUCCUCCUGCCGGAACUAAUGUGCAAACGAAGGGGAAAAGCAAUAGGCUUUUGGAGCAGAACAUUGCAAUAUCAUCUGGAAUGGCUCAAGUAAUACGCUGCCAUAAGCAUUAUGGAAGCAUGGUUGUGACUCUGCUCCAACUAAAGUCUAGAUUGGCAUUCUAGUAUUUAUUUAGUGGGUUUCUAUCCUGCUUUUUUAAACUGAGUUCUCAAAGUGGCUUACAAUGUAACAAAAUGCAGGUAAUACAUUAAAAACUCCACACCUUUGGGGGUGGGGAGAACAAGUCUGGCUGAUACCUUCACCCCCUUUCUAUCCAUAUGUUCAUUUUUAAGUUGUUUGUAAUAAAAUGGACAAUGCUCCUAAUCAAAGAAGACCCAGGGAACCAGAAGCAAUGCACCUUAAAUCAGUGUGUCAAGUGGAUAGCUUAAAUGAACAGUUAUUGCCUUAUUCUGCCAUUAAAAAAAUGCAAUUCUGGAAAAUAGAUGUAGGUUAGGGGUAAGGCAGUUCAAAUGAUGUUUGCAGAAGCCUCACAAGCUAUAUAUCAAACUAAGAAUUAGAUUUUUUUUAUGUUCAAGAAGGAAAACUCAGAAUCUCAAGAAGUCAUUUCAUGCUAGAAUGCCAAUUCACACAAAGUGUAAUGAGCAUCUCUAAUUCUUCCAACUGCCUGUAAUAAAAUUACAGCAUGCAAGUGCAUGUGUAGUUUGGUUUUUUAAAAAUGAAUUGGGAGCACUAAAUUAGUUCAGUGCUGAUUAUUCCUCAAUGCUAUUGAGUACCAGCAUUUUGCAUCCACUUUUGGCCUGUCAUAUGCACAGAAUUGUCCCAUGAAAAUUAUAGCCUACCAUAUUAUGUUUAUUAUAAUGCUACAUGAGCUAGGAAUGACGGUUAACUAUGAGAAGGUGCUCAGAUCUGGCUAAAGUUGGUUAUGAUUGACUAAGGCUGCAGAUUGUUCUCAAUGGCUUCAUACACUGUAUUCACCUCACAGAGCUACAAUUCCCAAUGUGUUUAACCUAUAGUUCCCAAGAUUCUUUGGAGGAGGUCAUGUGCUUUAAAUAUACAGUACAUGGUGAACAUGUGAAAUAGGCCCAGUCUGAAAACAACUGUUUUCUGGAGGCAUUGCACUUGAAAGUUGAGAUGGACAAAUCUGACAGUUUCUAAUCUGUCAGGUUUUGUGGGGGGUUUUGCAUGUUUUUACCCAUAAUUUCAUGCUACUUCUGCAUUAAUCCUCUCAAAAUGCAUAUUUAUGUUUAUGUGUGUUCUCAAAGUAUAUAUUUAAAUAUAUAUUCUGAGAUAAUUUUUAAAUUGCUGAGGUGCAUUGCAAUGUUUGGAGAAGUGUAAAAUCCAAUAGAGUGCUGAAUUCUGAUCCACACAGUAGUCUGAGGUACUACGGUAUAUUUCUUAUAAUAAUUUAUAAAGACUGAAUUCUUCUAACAUUCAUAUCUCAGAGGGGGAGCAUGUCCUCACUUCAUUGUAACAAAAAUGUUUUGUGUGCAUCUAAUUCUUGCUGACUGGUCGUCAUGACUGGUUGCUUGCAUUAUGUAGGCUUCCCCCCCUCGCUUAGUGUUUUUGUGUUUUGUUCUAUAAAUUUCCAGUAAUACAACUGUCUUGAGUGAUUAAUUAUAAUAAAGGGUGAUCUGGAAGAUUGACAGAUGAUCAGCUAGACAAUUAAAUUAUUCAUUUGUAUGUGCAGAACGCACAGAGGUGGGAGGCAGUAGCUGAUGUAUAGGAGCAUAUUUCAGAGCUGUAUGCAUUCCCACACAAAAUAUAACUGCUAUCUUGUAAUUCAGAUUUGGCCUUAAAGUACAACUAUCAGUGUGCUUCCCUUGUUCGUGUAUAAAAUAACCACACACUCCAGUCUGUUCUAUUUGAAGCCUAAUUUCAGUGAUGGGAGAGGAUCCAGUGGUGCCAGGAAAGGCCUAUGUGGGCAUAACUGCACUCACAGGUCCCAGAAUGGAAAUUGCACUCUGUGAGUAUAACUUUCACUAUCUGAGGGCCAAACUAUUUGUUGUUAUUGUUUAGUCGUUUAGUUGUGUCUGACUCUUCAUGACUGCAUGGACCAGAGCACGGCAGGCACUCCUGUCUUCCGCUGCCUCCCGCAGCUUGGUCAAACUCAUGUUCGUAGCUUUGAGAACACUGUCCAACCAUCUCAUCCUCUGUCGUCCCCUUCUCCUUGUGCCCUCAAUCUUUCCCAACAUCAGGGUCUUUUCCAGGGAGUCUUCUCAUGAGGUGGCCAAAGUAUUGGAGCCUCAGCUUCAGGAUCUGUCCUUCCAGUGAGCACUCAGGGCUGAUUUCCUUAAGAAUGGAUAGGUUUGAUCUUUUUGCAGUCCAUGGGACUCUCAAGAGUCUCCUCCAGCACCAUAAUUCAAAAGCAUCCAUUCUUCAGCGAUCAACCUUCUUUAUGGUCCAGCUCUCACUUCCAUACAUCACUACUGGGAAAACCAUAGCUUUAACUAUACGGGCCUUUGUUGGCAAAGUGAGGUCUCUGCUUUUUAAGAUGCUGUCUAGGUUUGUCAUCGCAUUUCUCCAAAGAAGCAGGCGUCUUUUAAUUUCGUGACUGCUGUCACCAUCUGCAAUGAUCACGGAGCCCAAUAAAGUAAAAUCUCUCACUGCCUCCAUUUCUUCCCCUUCUGUUUGCCAGGAGGAGAUGGGACCAGUGGUCAUGAUCUUAGUUUUUUUGAUGCUAAACUAUAUGUGAUGCUAAAUGUGUAGAAAUGUAUUAAGUACUAGGUGCUGUGCCUUUGCUUGCCAACUCUACCUUACCCCCAAUCCUCCUCAAAGCCAUUUACCCUUCUCCAUACUUCUCGCCAAACCUAUCACCUUCCAUUGCCCCUUGCAAAGAUAACCCAGCAAGUCCAAGCUUACUGUGACAGCCACCUGAUUUUCUCCACACUCAUUCCCUUGCAUUUCUAACCUCUGCUGUGGUGAUUUCCCUAACACUAGCAUCCAGGAAUAUAGCUAGGACUGGCUAGAGGCAGCAGGCAGCAGGAGAACAUGACAGUGGAAUGUCUUUGGGAGCAGGUGUGUCUAUGUGUGUGGAAAGGAGAUUGUUGCUGGGGCCCCAGUGCCUGCUAUUUGCACUAGAAAAACCUAUAGGGUGAAUAGGGUCUCUCUCACACCAUGAAAUAGCAGGUGUGGGACUGAAAUUGGCCCCUUGCAUCUGCAAUCUUGCUUUAAAAAUCCACUCAAGUACCGGUAAUUGCUAAUGUCAUUCUUUUGUCUCAGCUACUUUGGCUCUUGUACUGAGUGAUAGUGCUUUAUCACUGAAAACUAGGAUAACAGUUAUCCCUGAAAUUAGUGUACUGAAGCUGUGGUUAGGUAGGUGCGGGUUGGCCAACUGAACUUGAACCCAAGUUUUGGAGGGGUAGGUUUAUCUAUGACUGAUGGGAUUGUAACUUUCCCACUGGAAGAGGGUUGUAGUCUGGGAGCUGCUUUUGAUCCAGGUUGCUGCAGUGGCCAAGGAAGAAAGAGGGAGCCUGGCCACCUGGGUGAAGGAGGAGGCAGCGGCAACAUCAAGCAGCCCUUCUCCACAAGGUGUGGAUGGGGUGACUUGCACCCCACACCUUGUGGGAGCAGUGCUGAGGCUGCCUGGUGCUGGGAGUGGAGGAGAGUACUGUUGUGCUUAUUUCCUGCUUGUGGGCUUCCCAUAGGCCAGGCACGUCCAACAGGUAGAUUGUGAUCUACCGGUAGAUCACUCUGGAUGGCUGUGGUAGAUCACUGACUCCCCCCAAAGAAGCUCAACAACUUUGGCUCCCUUAAAAAAGCUCAACAUUUUAGCCCUGCGCCCCCCCAUAUGGUGCUCUCCUCCUCCCUAAAAAGCUCAACAACUUUGACCUGAACCCCCCAAAAGCGGGUAGAUCACUGCCAGUUUUUAACUCUGUGAGUAGAUCGCAGCCUCUUGGGAGUUGGCCACCCCUGCUAUAGGCCAUCUGGUUGGCUAGUGUGAAAAAGGAUGUAGAACUACAUGGUCCUUCGGUCUGAUCUAGCAGGGUUCUUCAUAUAUUCAAACUGCUGUUCUGGAAUUUCAUAAAUCUCUGUCUGGUCUGUAUUAGGCAGCAUUUUUUUACUUCUCUUGAAGAAUCAGAUACUCAGUUUGGGUGUGUUCCUGGUUCAUUACUCGAAUUUUCAAAUGGUAGUAGUGGCCUGGAGCACUUUCCAGCAGCUUUGGCUUGUGUACAUUGAUAAAAUGGAUCUGCCCUCAGUCAUUCAUCUGCUUGUUACAUUCAGAUUUGAUUAUCGUAAUGUGGUUAUGUUUCCUGCCACUAUGUGAACAUCUUUACUCUUCAUGGCUUCCUCUACUGAAACAGCACUUUAUCCUCUGUAACUCUGUAUUUUCAAUUUUACUUAAUAAUGACAAUUUGUUUUGCAUAUAUAACAUCCUUAGUCACUUUGAUCGACUCCCCCCCCGUUUCCAAAUUUCCCCUUUUUAUUUUCAUUGCAUCUAAUUAAUUAUCCACUUAAUUUUUACUUUAAAUUUCUCAUCAUGCUUCUCACUUUAGUUCAUAAAUGCUACAACAAUCCUGCUAACGUCUCAACGUUCUUGCAAUGUUCUUUGAAAUAAACUAUAAAGUUUUUCCAAUCUUGACUAAAUUUUCCUUCAUCUUGGUGCCUGAUCUUCAUGGUUAAUUUUGCCAUUUCGGCAUAGUACAUCAUCUUUAUCCUCCAUUCUUCUUUCGUUGGUAGACACUCAUCGUUCCACUUCUGGGCAAGCAGCAUUCUGGCAGCUGUGGUCGCAUACAUGAACAGUCACUUUUGCUUCUUUGGUACUUCCUCUCCUAAAAUUCCUCUGGUUUUCUAACAAAAAAACCUCUGGUUUUCUAACAAAAGUUUACAAUUUUUUUUUCCAUUUCAUUGUAUAUCAUUUCCCAGAAGCUUUUUACUUUUUUACAUGUCCACCAUGUACCUUCUUAUUCUUUAAAUUUCCAACAGAUAUUAGAUGAAUUUUUGUACAUCUUAGUAAGCUUUACCAGAGUUAAAUACCAUCUAUACAUCAUUUUCAUAUAGUUUUCUUUUAGUGAACUACAUGCCGUAAAUUUCUUUCCACAGCUUUCCCCAUGAUUCAAGUGGUAUGUUAUAUCCUAUAUCUUGUGCCCAGUGUAUUAUUACUGCCUUUACCUCUUUGUCUUUCAUCUCCCAUUCCAACAGGAGCUUGUACAUUUUUUAUAACAAUUUCUAAUUAUUAUCCAGUAAUUCCUUUUCGAACUUUGAGAAUUCCUUCCCAAAGCCCGUCUCUUUAUCACUUCUAAAUAUGUCAAUUGGUUAGAAAUAUUAUAACCAAUCUGUUAACAUAGAUUUUAUAUCAUUAUAUUCCUUCAUCUUUAAUUUAUAAUCUGAUUCUGUUAACAGAUAAUUUAUAUGUUGGCCAAUUGCCUUUCAUAUAUUCUCUGUAACUUUCAUGUCUCCUGUGCACUUUCUUACUUACCCAGCUAACUAACAUACUGAGUACAGUGAGAAAGCAUGGUGUUGCAGUCAAGGCAUUAGACCAAAGUUAAAUGGAACAGUUAAUUUAAAGAGAAUUUAUUUUAUUCUCAGAUUUUAAAAUGAAAACUUAAAACCUUUUUCAAAUUUCAGCCUUCAAAUUUAACCACUUUCCCUCUUGCAUAGCUGUGAAAUACAUGGUUGUUUUUAAUUUGUUUGCUUCUCCUAUCAUUAGUGUCCAAUGACAUUUCAUUUAAGAACGGCAAGAAGAGUGCCAACAUGAUCAUAUGAUAUAUAUCAUUACAGUGGUUUAUUUUAAGCAGGCAAUUCCUACCCCUCACCCCCAUCUAACUUGAAUGUCUUGUGAAAUUAAGUACACGUUUAGUUUUAUUCUUCUAUAUCAAACUGAUACAAGUCCAGAAAGUAUACCCUCUGACUUCCAAACAUUUUUGUAUCUGAUUUAGGACAUAUUUUUAAUUGCAUAAUAAACAACACUGCAGGAGACAGCAUACAAAGUAGCAAAAAACUAGGGCUUGAGGAUGCUGUUAAUUAGAAGGUGUAAUUCUGUAUCUGUUGCUGGACUUUCACUUAUGUUUGCAAACAGUGGGUUGAUACUCUGCUUACACAUCUGAAAAACUAAUGCAUAGAAAACAUGUUGGGGGUAAGCUAGAACUUGUGUGAAACACAAUGCCAUGUCAUGCAAAAUAAUACCAUGUCAUGUAAAAUUGGUGGUAUUUUUAUUUAUUGUGAAAACAUGCACGCUUCAUUCCCAAAGCUACCAGGGAAGCUUAGAGUUAGAAUUUUCUGUUUCUGCAAAGUAAUAUGUUGUUGCUGAUCACAAUUAUUAGCUACUUUAAAAAUAUGAUGUUUUUCUUCUUCCCACUACCUGAGGUUUCAAAUUGCAAAAUUGCUUGCUAUCAUAGUCAUAAGCUAAAUAAUGUCUCACUUUGGAUUUACUUGAAAUAGGGAAUCCCCCAUCACCUCUAGCACAGCUUAUAGAAUCUAUGCUGUAGAUGGAUAACUGGUGUUAUGUGUUAUGAAUAAGACCCAAAGGCUUUUGCAGCAUCACAGCUGUUGAUGGAAUUAUCUCUCAUUUCUGAAUGAGCCAGCUGCAUUCUUCACCAUGGGAGGAUGAAUACUAUGUAGAAAAAACUACUGGGGGUAGUGGUGGGGAAAUGUUAAGACCUUAUGGCUGGAGGAGCUUCUGCUCUAGAACACUAAAGGAAGCCUGAUCCCACCAUCUACUAAACUAAAGAACCUGGCCUUUGAUACUCGUGUGUGUGUGUGUGUGUGUGUGUGUGUACAGCCUAUUAUGUCAGGUGUGAGGCAGGUGAGUGUGGUUUGGGGAAAACUACUUCAUGGGCUAAAUGGGGAGAGCUGGUGGGCCAAAUUUGGUCCACAGACCAGAAGUUUCCUAUCCUGAAUCUUAAGGGUGCCAGUAGCAACGAAGGGUGAUAAUGAUAUUUGCAGAGAUCUGGUUGUUUGGUAUGGAUUUAGGUAGUCACAAUUUUGGAGUAAGAUGGAUGAUGAGCAUGUAUUGCAAAGGAGGCAGGAGCUACAGAAGAAGGCUUGCUUUUUUAACUUUACUGACAUUCUGCAAUAAUCUACUCUUCCUUUUCAAAUCACACCAAAACUUUAUUGCUAUAGUCAAUAACCAGUACUACUAUUCAUUUUCUAGAUAACCUUUGUGACAAGAUGGCUGACCAGCACCAGGAUUUCAAUAUGACAGAUGACCAUUUGGUGAGCCAAGCUAGAUGGAACCAGACAGGUGAGCCCGAUCGGGUGGGAGACAGGAAGGAGCUUCUUCCACAGGAUGGAAUCCAGGAUGUUGGUUCACAGUUUGGAGAAAGGCUGUAUGUGGGGAUGGAGCCUGGAAGUAUAAAUGGGUUAAGGAAAGGUUAGUCAUGAAUCCUAGUCAAAACUACUAUUGUGCAUGUUAUUGCCACUUGCUGCCAGCUUUACUGCUUAAAUAUCAGUUUACUAACAAGGAAGUUAAAUAAUUGUUGUUUAAGAUGGUUUUAUUUAUUUUAUUUAGUAAAUAUCCAUACCACCCUUCAUCCAAGGAUUACAGGUUUAUAAUACGAAAGCACAAGAAUACAUAAAAUAGUAACAAAAAACAACAACAAUAACCACCCCACAAUGUUUAAAACACCAUAUAAUGUUUAAUUAGUCAAAGGCCUGAGAGAAGAGGAAUUUUUUGUCCGGCACCUAAAGGUAUGUAACGAAGAUGCCAGGUGAGCCUUCCUGGGGAGAGCAUUCCACAAAUGGGGAGUCGCCGCAGAAAAGGCCCACUCUCAUGUUGCCACCCUCAAGACCUCUUGUGGAGAAGGUACAUGAAGAAGGGCCUCAGAUGAUGAUUGCAGGGUCUGGGUUGGUUCAUAUGAGGAGAGCCAGUCCUUGAAGUAUUGUGGUCCAGAACCAAAGCGGUGCCACCCAUCCCUAACUCAGACAGCUGCUCCAGAAGGAUACCAUGGAAAAAUUAACAAGGACACAUUUUCCCCAUCUCUCUCCAACAUAGAUAAUAGCACAGGGUGAUCAAAGCAUUUUCUGUGCCACAACCGGGCCUAAACCUGGUUAGUGAACUGAGUUAAACUACAGUUGUCUGUUUUGGGUGUAACAGGGAACUGUAGAGUAAGCUGAACUUAAACAAACCCAAUGCAGAUUAUUUGUUGGUUGAAAAGGGGGACAAUAACGUAUUUUUUGUUAUUUGAUUGCAGUGUUCCCAUUUUCAAAGCUUCUACAAAGUGGUUGUGUUGUCUUUACAGUAAGAGGCAAAUCUUAAAUUAAGAAAUAGAUUCACAGAGUAUUUAUGAAAUGUUACAGUAAAGGAAAGAUAUUUACAAAUUAACAGCUUUUUCUCCAAGCAUCCUUGUCCCUUGAAUAUUAUGUUAAACUCUGGUCUGGGCUACGUGUGACAUGUCUCUGUGUAACGUAAUGUAUAUCUCUGUGCAUGUAUGUAUUUGUGUGUAUUUCAGAAUUUGGAAAACUAUUUCUCAUAGACUUCACUUACUAUGUGAAGCGAUGUAUUCUACAGUUACAAAACACCAGAUUUUCUCUGUGGACUUUUUAAAAAACCAAUGUAGUUGUCAUUUUUCUGAAACCUUGAAGAAUAGUUCUAGCAUCCCCUCCCUAGAUAUCAGGGGUUACCUCUUCUUAGUGUGCAUUCAGGUGUUGCAUUAUUUUCUUCAGUGUUAUCUGUAAUACUGGUUAUUGAAAGCUUCAAGGAGUAUCAGUGCCAGUACUCAUCACUGAACAAAGUUGAUCAAGCCACCGUCCCAUAGCACAUCAAAAGUGGUAUUGUGCAUGCUUGGAAGUAAGCUUAACUCAGAUUAGUGGGAGCAUCCAAGUACAUUUCAUACUGGAUGGAUAACAGAGUACAAUCUUAAACCAACCAGUUUGUGUACCCAGAAGCAAGGUGCAAAUUGGCAUCAAGUGCCAGAGAUACCUAUAAACAUAGUAGUAUAAGAAUUGAGGUUCAGUAUUCUGUCAGUUGCCAGCCAGAUGCUCCAAGGAAUUCCAAAAGCAAAACUUUAAGGUAGUAUUUAUUUAAUAGGUAUAAUGUAAUCUGCUUGUGGAAAUCAUUUCCCCAUAACCACCUGUUUUCAGUACCAUUUCACUGUAGCAUUGUCUAUGGCACAUGUGCAACUGCCGUACACUGACAGACCACUGGUCUAACUAGCCCAGCAUUGUCUACUGCAGCUCUCUGUGGUCCCAAGGGACCAUUUACAUACACAGCAUAUGCUGCACCCCACUAAACUAUGAGUCCUCCCUUUAACCCAGGACCCACACAUACAAGUGAGAUCUGCUGGGGUGAAGUUGUCCGGAAUGGCUAAUUCCUUUUAAUUGCUGUGGAAGUUCUAGAACAGGGUUGAGUUUCCCCAUUUAGGCUGCCAGGCUGUUUUCCCAAACUAUGUCCACCUGCCCCACACCUGAUGUCAUAUGUGAUGUCAGGUGUGCAGCAGGCAAAGAUGUGGCCACAAAAAUCAGGAUUGAACUACGUGUGCAUCUUGCUUGAUUUGUGUGCACCAGCUUGGGAUCCACCUCAGUGGUUUAUUUUUCAACUUUGCUUUUAACUGUUGCCAGGCUUUAAUCAUUUCCCCAGGAGAUGAUUAGUUAUUAUCAAUAGUAUUUCUUAGAGUGGUGAAUGGCACUAUUUAGUGGGAAGAAACUCCAAUGAAAAUCCUCAUUAUUACAUAUUUUUACAUGGCUGUUUUUUUGUUUAUAUUUUAAAUUUUUAUAUAUGGAUGUUUUAUGAUGGUCUAUAUUUGUAAUGCCUAAUAAAGGUUUGGCGAAGUAAGUAGAUUAGUUAUUAAUUCCCUAUCCUUGUGAUCAUUUGGAGAUAAUUUCUUGGAGUAUCAUCUGUGCAACAAGUUGAAACAUCAAGAGUGUUCAUGGAGGCAUUCUGAGUUGCAGAUACCAGAUUAUAGAAUUCCUUUUUCCUAUUUGAGCUUGAUCCCUGCUGCCUUCUAUAGUGCUUAUUUCCUCCUCAAGCAAGCCAUGUUAAAUGCAAAGAGAGUCUGAGACGUCCACCCCCCCUUUCUCAUUAAUUCUCGCACCCACACAUACUCUCCCUCUCUCACACACACAAUCCCUCCCAGUGUCAACUCUGGUGAAGAACAUGGGAUAAUUGCAGCCUCUUAAUCUUGGACAAAAACCUGUAACUUAACAAACUGCAUCUCCCCCUCUCAGCUGAGUUUGUGACAGUAACAAUUAUCUAUGGAUUGCUAGACCUCUGAGGGCAGCCCCCAUUUGCCUCAGAUGGCCUCAACUCUUUGUAAUAAGACAGUGCUCUAGUGUCUGGAGCUUAGCUCACACAGUCAGCCCAGAGACCUAUGGUUCUCAUAACAGUGCAAAACUUAAAAAGCAAUGUUCUUUGUAUAAUGGAAAGUCCUUGAAACAUUGUGGUGAUAACUAAGGAGUGAGUUUGCCACUCGGGAUGAGGCAGACCUAAUGACACGAUCUAGGAUAUGAGGAGGAACAAGGCAUAAGGAGUAUAGCAGUGGAUUUCCUGGUGAAAACACACAGAGAAAUGGUUGGACACAGUAUUAAACAUAUUUGGGAGGCUUGGCUCAGCCUUGAUUUUUAUACUCAUGGCAGGAUCUUUCCAGACUGAUUUGUUAUGGGACAUGGCAGCAAAAGUCUGAUGACUAUUCUGUCCUUUACCCCUUAUGAAAUCAGUAAUAAUACCACAGGAAAGUUCUUAUCUGUGAGAGUUGGUUACAGCACCUGCUAGAAAAUGUUUACCGUGGGGUACUGUGGGAUUAUUUGCUGCUGAAGACUUUAUCUCUGACUAGUGUGAGGAGCAGCAGCAGAAAUUAGUUUAUAGCUAGCUCAAGCCAGUUUUAGAGUUGCUUAAAUGAGCCUCUUCAAAAACAGUGUGCACUGUUGUAUACUCAGUGCCAAGCUUUUUCGUUAAAAAAAAAAAAAGAGCACCCAACAGAGAAAUACAGCUGAGAUCCCAAUUGUGGGGGAUGUUCCUGUUGAUGCCUAGGAAGAAUAACAACCUGCCUUGUCUCUACUUACAACAGAAAUAAUAAGAUGCAAUAAAAACAGCAAAGAUACCUAGCCAGCAAAUAAAACUUUUAACAGCAGUAGCAGUAAAAUAUAUAACAUGAGCAGAAGGAUUACAUACCAAUUAUGGCAAGACCAAGCUAUACAGUACCCCCUCAAAAGCCAUAAAGUCUUCCUAAGCAUGAAUUCUUAAUUCCGUGGUGGAAGGCCAGCAAGCAGGAAACAGAAAUAACUUUCUUAGCCGGGGUGUUCCAAAGUCUGGGCCUGACACAAGAAAAAGCCUACUGACUCCUUCAAACCAAAUGUCUGUUUGAAAGCAAUGAAAGGUCUCUGUAGAGGACCUUUGUGUGUAGUCAGGCUCAUACAGAAGGAAGUUACCCUUCACAUAUCCACUGUGCCCUUAUGUAGUUACCUUUUUAAUCUCCCAAAGAGCAGUAGAUAGAUAUGACAGAUAUGACAUAAUUAGUACGUUUAUCUGUCCUCUUCAAUAGAACUCAAGAUGGUGUUGCCAGGGAGGCUCCCACACAGGCACUGACUAGACAUAGAGUCGAUCAGUUGCUGCCAUGAGGUGCCUUCAGGCUGUGAUGUCUCCAUAGCAUCAGGACUAUUAACCUCACAGUUAAUCAGAGCUCAGGCUGCAUUUUGGCUUAACUUCAGGACUACCUUGUUGUUUUCAAUCCACUUCAUUUUGAAAUAUCAAAUCCUUGACCUUUUCACUUGGAGAAAUAUGCAGUAUGUGGGAGCUUUCCUUCUGUUCCAUACAGAAACUUCUUAAUGAUCUCCCUUAAUGGAACUAUUUAGUUGUUAGUGCAAAUAGGAGGAGAAAGUGAGGAUAUUCUUGCAGUCCCUUCUUCUUCCACCAUUUGCACAUAUAAAUAAAGUACCCAUUGACUUCCUCUUCAGCUGACUUUGCCUCCAUGUAUAGGCUCUUGGCAUUACCUCCCAAACCACAUGCACCACUACAAAUAUUUCCAUGCUGUUGUGAUUUGUAUGCACGUCACCAAUUUAUUGUGAUUGUCCAGAGCCACUUGGAAAGCACUUAGCUGCAGGUAAGCAACUUCCAUUUUCUCUCUGUGCAGUUUUGAUUCUCUUGGACUUAGAAUUAUGGUGUGGGGUCUAGAGUAACUUUUCGUUGUAACCGCAGCCUGCCUUUGUCUACUUCCUGGCUCAUGAUUCUUGUCCAUUUACAACGUUUAGUCAUUAGGGUUGCCUCCUGAUUCAGGGGAGAAAAUCAAGUCAUCUUUAUAUCGUACAGGUAUAAAGGAAUUGAUAAAAGUUCUGAAAAGUCUGUUAUGUCAGCAGAGAGACUAAAAAAAUGAGGUCCACAGUAACACUUUCUCAAAUUCUUCUCAGUAGACACUCUGCAUGUUGCCCAAGCCCACAUAUCUAAGAACACCCCACAUUCUUUCCCUCUUCAGCCAGUAACAUCUUUUGGGAGACUAAAGAGGCUCAGAUCCUGAAGAAAAUAGAGAAUUAUGUCCCCAAAUGCUGCCACAAUUCAAGCUCAUUUUUGUCACUAAGUCCUUUAUGCAUAAAUUGUAGGAGGUUGUGGAUUCCUGCUCUUCUGGACGCCCUAUUACAAAAAGUAGAUAUCUACCUCUUGAUUCUAAAAAGUGGGAAUUGGCAAAUUCCUGACAACAGUGACCAACUGUGGUGAUGAAUGACUUAUUUACCUUUACAGAAUAAAUUGCUCUGAACACUUUUUGUUUGCUUUCUUAUAUAAAGAACCCCUUAUUACUGUCAUGCUCUAGUAUUUGGAAGUGCACUUUCAUGCAAAGCAAGGCAUGGCCCGCAAAAUUCUUAAAAUGGUAGUAGUAAUGAUCUGAACCUAGUAGUAAAAGGGGAAAAAAUCUGUCAUCUUUAGACUUCUUGAUUUUUUGCUUUCGUUUUUGUUGUCAGUUGAUGCACCUCACUGAUCAGUUGCUUUUAACAGUUUCACUUUAGUUGCUUUGAUGCUGCCACUGAAACUUGAAUUUGGCGUUUUCUAGUCCUGCCUUUUCUUGCUAAUGCCUGAUAUUUCUGCUAGCUGACGGUCACAUAUGCAUGCACACUCUUUGCAUUAUGAAGAUGAAUUCAAGCACAUUUUGCACCAAGGACAGUCCAUACUCCAAAACUGAUCUCCUUUUGCUGAGUGCUGAAUGUGUGUAUUUCCAGGCUCUCCCCUCCAGAUACCAGUUGAUGAUGGAUCUGAUGAACCAGAGUCUGAGGCUUCUGAUGCUAAGAGUACCCCAACUGUGGAAGGUGGGAACUCUUUGUCUCGUUACUUUGAAAUUCACAGCAGUCAGCACUUUAUUUUUUAGAAGUGCACCAAUAUGUUUCCCUCCCAAAUAAGCAGAGACUUUCUUUCAUUGUUGCUUCCAAUUUUAAAUUAUCUGUAUUUAGUUUUGACAGUUGCUGACACAAGAAUCACUAUACACAGGAUAAACUGCAUUCCUACUUCCUCAAAUCCAGCACGUCUACACUCAGCCAAAUAAUAUAUUCAAGGUCCUUGAUAGGGUGUUAGAUUUUGACAUUCUUUUAACAAUUAUUAUCCAGUAAGAAAUUAAACAGAAAAACUUUGUCAGCAGGAAGGCCCUUUCCAGCCCACUGAAGAAAAUUCAGACUGUAGCCACUUUCUCUUAAGGCUCUAUCUAUACUACUUAAGGCUCUAUCUAUACUACAGUCAUUGCCAAACUGAACUUGAUUUCACGAACUCUGGUCUUCCUACAGCAUCUACACUGUAAAUUUCUAAGCAUAAUAGGGAUUUGUAUUGUAUGCAAGCUUAACUAGACUACUGUCUUACAUACUGCAAAAAACUGAUGAUGUGCUAGUCAUUUAUGAGCUGAAAGAAAUAUUGUUCAUUAAUACAUUAUAAUCUAGAAAUCAUUCUUGCACACCACAGGUGAGUGGAUGGGUAGGUUAAAACCCACUUGCAUGGUUAAGAGUAGAAUAUACUGUUUGAAGUGGGAUAAAUUUCCACACUAUAAUUUAAAAGUUAGUCAUGUGGCAGAAUCCCAAUUUCUCUCUCUCUAAUUGUGCCACAUUUGCCUGUUAAGCCCUUUAUCUUAUCAAAAUAUAUGCAAAAUUGCACCCUUGAGUGAAGUUAUUGUUCUCUCUUCUGUUCCUUGUCUAAACUGAGCACAUUUGUAGCAUAAGAUUGUCCUGAAUCCAGUGCAAUGGGAAAGUCUUAGGUGAGGAUGGCCGAGUUACUCAACCUGAUUUGGGAGUAGGCAAAAUGUAGAUGACAAAAGUUGAUAGAGGGGGAAAGCCAUGAAAAUAAUGCGAGUCAACUCUUGGCCAGAAGGACUUAAGGUAACCUGUAGUGUAUGCAUGUCCUUAUUGGUAUAUUUAAAGCUACAUUUCAAAAAUAUUGAAAUGAAACUUGGUGGCGUUUUUUGUGGGAGAGAGGGAGAAUUAAAUAUUUUUUCUCUUUUGGGCUGGAAAUGCUCUUGAAGAUUCAGAUAUCAAAAGUGUUCUACACUUAUAACUACUUGUUCCAUUAGAUAUUAUUUUUUGGUAACACUGUAAUCUGUGAAACCUGGCAAGUAGAAUCUUUUAGAUUGGGCAUCUUGAAGAAUCAUUAAAUCCAUAAGGUAAGCAAUUUUCUAAAUGUUCUUUCGGUGACAACCAAAUGCACACAAUUUUGGCAACAAAUAUCAAAAGAUUGAACAAUACACAAAACUGAAGCAAAUUUAUUUGUAACCAUAUCCUUAGAACAUCAUCAAACAGAAAUAUUUUGAAGGAUAUCAGACAUUUUGAGCUCCUGGCAUCAGUAGCGUUAGGGAAAUCAACAAAAAAAAGGGAGAAGAUCUUAUAAAAAUUAUUCACUCUGAAGAUCUUUAGCUGAAGGACAAUGGAUCUGCCAGUCCUUUGAAAAGGGCCAAAAUAGCUAACAUAAUAAUAGUUUAUCACUUGUUACUCUGGGCUUCUUUGGGAGCAAGGGCAGGAUAUAAAUUUAAUAAAUAAGCCAGUCAAGUCAACUUUGCUGUCCCUAGAUCUCUUCUCUCAGAAAAAAAUGGAGGUAAAAGUAAAAAAAUAAAUAAAUCUCCCAUUGUACUCCCAUUGUCUGUCUCAUUGUUUGUCCUGUCUAUGUUCUGUCUCUUGCUUUGCUUGAGUGAAAAAUGUGGGUUAAGGAGUUGGUAGUGGAGCAUAAAUUGUAUACUCUGUAACUUGCCAUGAGUGGUAAGUCCAGGCCUUUAACACCACUGACCUACCCAAGAAAACAGACACUGCACAUGCUUGGGAAGUUUCUGGUGUCAUGUUUCAUAUUUCUGCCAUCAGACUUAGUGGAGAACCCUCUGUUCUUUGUAUGGCCACUUUCCUAUUUUGAUCACCCAUAAACACAAACCUAUGCCACAUGUGCCAGGGCUCAACUUAGGUAUUCCCUUGAUCUAGAAGAAGCAAAAAUGAAUCCAUGAAAGUCUGCCACCUACAAACCUCUGGAUGACUCCAUGAGCUGACAAGUAAACAUGGGGGUGAGGAGAACUACACAUUUUAUCUUCAAGGAGGUGGAAUGAAUUGAACAAGGAUCUUGGAUGUGAGCUUCAGGUUCAAAUUCCUUUUCAAGCUUGCAGUUUGUGUGGCUUUGAGCAGUAAUUAGUAUGCAGAUUUAUAUCCCAAACCUUUUAGGUUUAAUUGGCUCUUGUUUCUGGAUGCAAACCCUAUCCUCAUCUCAUCUGAAGAAAACAUGGUACAUGACUGCCUUUGAGUUGCCGGCUAUUAUUUCAUUUUCUUAAAGUAGCUAAUAUCUGAAGAAUUUUCUUUUGCAGUGCUUUUAAAGUGACAGUUGCUUCAUUUUGCCUUUUUGUUUCAGAUGCCACUGCUCCAUUAGUGGAGGAGAGAGUGCAUGAGAAUCGAAAUGCGACUCGCCAGCAUGCAGAGAUACCUGAAGGAAAUACAGGUGAGGCCUCUUAGGAAGAAAAUGGUAUGAAGAAAAGAUUGAAAUAGGGCCUCUUCACACAUGACCAAAUUCCUUCCUGGUAUGUUUAGUAUAUAUGUGCUUUGCAUUAGUUAUUAAUAGCACACACCCCUAUAAAUUACACUAUUAAAGAUCCAUGUGGGAAGACAUCUUUUGCUGUGUUUUAAGGGGAGAUCUCAAUAUUUACACAUGUGUGCAUCAUUUAUAACUGAUGCAAAAUUUGUGUAUUCUGUUUGUGUAUAUGCAUGUAUCAUAGUUACAUCCCCCUCUUACUUUCUAAAGCUCUGAGUCAGUUUACAUGAGGCUCCAAAUGAUCAGGUGCACACUUGCUUAAUUUGAGCACCAUUGCUACAGCAGGGUCUCCAUACCAUUUACUGUUAUGCAUUCUCUGCUUCCCUGAGUAAGAAAAAGUACAGGGUUGGACUACAGAGUUUCAUUUCUGAAAUGAGAGAACACUAUAUACUUAUAAUGUGUCUGUAAUGUUUGUUCUUCUUUGCAGUCACACAAGUGGGUUAUGUACCUGUAGGGAGCAACAUCUCAAAAAAUAAAAUAAAAUAGUGCUUCAGAAAGCACUUUUCUCUUUUCUUAAAUGAGUGGAUCUUAAGCUAUGAAUGACUCUCAAGAGAUAGGCAAGUUCCUGUCCAGUUGUUGUUGUUUUUGGUUGUUGCCUGAACAGCAUCAUAGAACAUAUUAUCCUUUUGAGAUUUUGGGCGGGUUUUUUUCUUACUUUUCUCUCAAAAUUAAUCCAGACAGUAGUUCAGUUUUGUGGUUACAUUCAGUGUCAGAGUAGACCCAUAGAAACUAUUGGACAUAACUGACUUAGUUGAACGCAGCCCAUUGAAAUUAAUAGACCUAAGUCCUACUCAAAAUAGACCCACUGAAAUGAGUGAAUCAACUCUGAGUAGGACUAACAUUGAGUAUUACCCAGUGGGCCAUCUAAGAGUAAAAUUUAGUUGGAUACAACCACUUCUUUGUACACAUUAUCAUUCCUUUCCUUUGUUCAGUGACUGCUAAGUUCCAGGUUUUCUCCUGAUUCACCCUACCCUAGGGCUGGCAUUAACUAGGUGAGAUACGCAAAGUAGUUUUGUGCACACUAGGUAAGCAUGCAGGAACAGAGCCUCUCAUCUAAAUGCCUCAUCGGACAGUGUGCUUUUAUAGGCCUUUGAUAUCAGCAAGUGGUCUAAAGAUGAUCAUGAAGCUGCUUUUUGUUCCACCCUCCCUAUAUCUGGGAAAAAAUACUUUGGCUUUCUGUUUGGACAUCCUUUAGUGUUGAUCGGUACCACUUUCAUAUGCUAACAGAGUCUUUGAAAGGGCAUGCCUAUUUUUUCUCAAUAUCUUUAUUUUUGGCCGACAUACACUGUUGAAUUGACUUGCCAGUUUAGGAGACGUGGUUUUUUAUCUCUCUUUCAUGCUGACACCUUGGCCCGUUUGCACUCCCCUAUUGAAGGGACAAGUCACAAUUCAGCAGCACUUUCAUAGGCUACACCUUUGCCAGAGCUCUGCCAAUCAGCUACCUGAUCUACUUCAUCAACUUUUAUCACAGACCAUGCUAGCUAUAUCAGGGCCAGGGCAAAUACAACCCUUAGGAGAGUCAGCCUACAUAACUGAUUCAAUUGAGCUGCCUCCAUCCACCUUCGGGUAGUUCAUCUUGGUAAUCUCCAUAUAUGUGACUGUGGAGCCCACGAAUAAAAAGUCAAAUUACUUCAUGAGUGGGAUAGCACUUGCUUGUCCCUUGAGGCAUAAGCAUCAUGCAGGGUCUGCCCACUCAAGGGGAGAAAGCCAGUGUGAGCUCCUGAAUUUCUAAAACGCUAGACAUUUCUGAGAUGUUGCUUUGUGCAGAUGCAGAAUCCAUAUGUUCUGAUUGCACAGAAGACCACUCAAACAUUAGUUACAAGCAAACAACUUGUCUUUCCAUUCACAAAUAUAGAAGUGGCCUGGAAGCAGUUGACUGCUACAACAGGAAAAGCAGUGAUCCUUCAUCAGUUUUCUAAAAAGAAUAACUACUUAUGCCCCUAUAAAUCCCUUUAAUUUCUCCCCAUUUGAUGAUUUCAAUUUAACUAAAUUUGCAGCAUUCUCUCUGAAUUCAGACCCAUUAUAAGCAGUUUCUCUGCUCUUCUGAUUUGUGUCAUAUUCCACAGGCUGGUUGGGAGGAGAGAGAUUUUCAGACCAUUAAGGAAAAUAUCCCCAGUGACUAGGGAAGAUUAAUGUUCAUUUGACAAAUCCCUAACCCCAUCAAGUGACACUGUAGGCAGCAGCAAUAAUGAUAGACUCAAUAAAAAUAAUCAAGGCAGUUCAAGCUCAUAACAAUAUUGUAAAAAACAGCCCCUGGAGACAGUUCUCAAGUUAUGAAACAAAUAACUGAGCCUUGUAAAAUGUGUUCCAUUAAAAACCAAGAUAAAUGGGCAGAUCAAUCUUAAUCAUACCUUAUGGAGGAAGCAGGGACUUGGGACUUAAAGAGCACCCCCAAGGGAAUUUGGGAGUGGGGGGAUUGACCAGUUCUAUAGGUGUGCUACACUCUGCUCUAUGACUUUGUGAAGGCAUGCACUAAAUCUGAGGUUGAAGGAAAAAAAUCAAGAAGCUGCUUGUACCUCCUAGAUAUGCUUGCUCCCAUUGUUCUAAAUGGGUAUAGCCAUACCUAGGUCUGCAUAGUAUCAGGCUGUUAACAAUUUGUAGGGAAGGAUGCUCUCACUUUUGAGAAACUUCAAAAUAAAUUCAUUGAAAUAUAUGUGGUCAGAUUUAUUUUAUUUAUUCGUUUAUUUUUUAGUAAGAUUCUAUUUUAUAAAAGCUGUCAAUUUUACUACAUCCUUCUCCAAGCUCUGGACAUAAUUCACUGCUGAAUAUGGCUCAAGAGUAGAUCAGUGCUGAUUUGUUUGAGAGGGGAUGUUUCUAUCCAUUUCAUCCCAUUUUCAUUUAAAUGUGCUGCCAUUCAGGUUCAAUAUGUUUUGUUCCUCUGAUAUUAAAAAAUUAAUUAAAACUGGUAAGAAGGUUAGAGGCAUUUGUCUUGUACCAUUUUUAAUGUUGAAACCAUUUUCCCAUCCUCGACUUGAAAAAAUGUAGCUGAGGAAGCAGACUUAGGCUCUACUUCUAGCCUUGAAGACCAUGCUGCGGGGGAUGCUCAAGGUAAGUACAGUAUUGUUGCUCUGCAGAACUUAAAAUACUAAGCUCCAGACUGCUGGGUCGGGAUGGAAGUUACAAUCAGAUAGAAAUAAUAUUUGGUGUGCUGCAUCCUUUUUUAUAGCCCACAAAUAUUAGCUUUUAUUUUUAUGGUUGAAUCCCCUACAGUGGUACCUUGGGUUACAUACGCUUCAGGUUACAGACUCCGCUAACCCAGAAAUAGUGCUUCAGGUUAAGAACUUUGCUUUAUGAUGAGAACAGAAAUCGUGCUCCGGCGGCGCGGCGGCAGCAGGAGGCCCCAUUAGCUAAAGUGGCACCUCAGGUUAAGAACAGUUUCAGGUUAAGUACGGACCUCCAGAACGAAUUAAGUACUUAACCCGAGGUACCACUGUAUUUUCAUUUUUGCUGGGUUCUGCGAUUGCUGUUACCAUGAAGGAAAGCAUCUUGGAAUCCUUAUACUUCCAGCAUCUUUUGUGCUGCACUGUUUUAUUAAGGAAAUUAACGGAACUUAUUACAGUACAGACAAUGCUGUAAUACCCAUUAUUAAAUCAGUGAUUGGUCUUGUUUGGGAAGUACCAUAAACCAUUGUUUUUCAUUAGGGAAAUGAGCUACAGCAAGUCUUGGGUUUUCACACUCCUCUAGCGUGGUUAGGAGGUUUAAUUUUUUUUCUGUCCAUUUGAACUGACUGCAGUUAAGCAAUAUGUUCAAAUCAACACAAAUUGUGGUUUGUUAAUUCUUUUCAGUUGAAACCAGCAUACUUCAAACAAUAGUCUGUGAUGCUGGCUUUUGUCAACUAAUUAAAGUUAAGAUAAAAUACAGUUAAGGUUUGGGAUGCAGUGUUCGACUGUGAUUAAUUGAAAUCAAAAGUCAAAGCUCCCUGUCUCCUCCUCACAGCCAAACUGGAGAGGAAGGGAGAGUCAUUAGCUUGAGGCUAAUGCAUAGAACAAAUCAUUGUUAAACCAUUGUUUAUUGUGGAGGCCAUUCACCUUCACUACUGUUUUAGAAUUUUAGCAACAUGCCUCAAAAAAGAUAGUAGAGAACUAGUAAAAAGUACAGGAAAGGGAGUGGAAGGUGGUGAUUGAGUGUGCUGGAACACUGCCAUCGUGGCCCUAAAGCUGUGAACUUUUUUUUUUUUAGCAUGCCUUUUAUAACCCAAAAUAAGAGAAAUACAUUUAGUACUAUAGUGAUAAAGACCAUGAGUGAAUAAGAUUACAGAAUAAUGAUAGAUGUUAUGAAAAUGAAAAUGAAAGUUUUCAGGUAAUUAACCUACAGAUCUAAUUUUUGAAUUACUUCAACAAACUGGUUGAAGUAACUCUUGAAAAUGGGAAGAGCACUGUUUUGAUAAUAGAAGUGUAUUUUUUUAUACAUCCAUUAUCAGCUUCUAUUAUUUUGCAUUAUUUGAUGGAUUUUAUAAGUUAAAUGCUUGUGUUUGUGUUUCAUUAUCAUAACUCACAUUUGAGACGUACAAUAUUGUGAUCUCAAACAGAUUAGGAGUUCUGAGGACUACUUUUAGGCUAACCAAAGUAGAGUUGACUAUAGCAAAUGGUGAUGUGGUAUUCAGUUUUGCUCUUUUAAUUAUAUUCUCUCAAAUAUUUAUAAUUAAUUUAGUAGUGUUCCAAAAAUGGCUUUGUAUUGAUAUAAGCAUGCUAACUUCUUACUGUGCUUAAUGCCCUUCUUGUAUACUUUAAUAGAACUGCAGACCUCAGUAUUGCUGGGGAGAGUGGAACCCAAGAAUUUAAGAACACAUUGCAAAUGGGUUAAGAAUGAAAUCACUCAAAAUCCAAAAUAGCUUGUAUAUCUGAGCACCUAUGAAAUCAUCCAAGGCAUAUUAUAGCUACCCUCACAUUUCCUAUAAUUUACUCCCUUUGUGGGAGAUCAUUGAUGGGCUAGAGAUUUUUUUUUGGGGGGGGGGGGAGAAUCUCUGCAUCACUAGGCAAUGAAAUUGAAUCUGCACAGACAGAUAAAGCCCAACAAGCAGAUUGUGUGGAACCCUUUUAUGUAGCCACUAUGCUAAAGAUGCCAGAUGGAUACAUGGAGUUCCACACAGCUGAAAGAAGCCAGGAGAAGGCUGUCUUCAGAAUUCAUAAUCAGUUGCAGGAUCUUAUUGAGAAAGUGAUUAUUGGUGUGCCUACAACAUCAGUACCUAAAAAAGUUGGUGCAGGAUUGGGACCAGCCAGCCUAAAAAUGCUGGAAGGGGUGGGACUUUUGAGAGAUUCCCUGCUGAUUUCGAUAAGCAAGCCGGUGGGAAUUGCUCACACGGCAUAUUUUCCAACAGCUGAUGGCUCACUCUACUUCAGAGGUGAUUUGAAAGAAGUUGCAUUUGGACAGAUAAAGGUUGAAGACAGAGACACUGAUGAAAGAACUCAGCAGGAUAGUCUGGAUGAGAGAAGGCCAUUCGUAUCAGAAGAUGAAAGGUGUGCCAUGGUUGCAGAAUUGGACCCCUCUGAGCAUAUUUACCAAGUUGAGGUUGAAGCUAAUGUCCCGAAGGAGAGCAAAACUUUGGAAGGUGUACUAGAAGUAGGCAAGCUUUCAGGGGAGAGCAUCUCCCUGGAAGGGGAGACAUUGGAAACUGUGCAGGCCUCAGAACUGCAAAAGGCUUCUGGAAAAAAAGCUGCCUAUUGUACACCAGAGAAACAAAGCAGUCGAUUGCCACUUCUGAAAGGUGUGUGCAUGUGCGUGUGUUGCUCAGUUGUCCUGCUUAAAGAAAGCAAGGCUGCUAAAACCACAAAUGAUUUUGCACAUCUCUCCCUGAAUCCUGCUGCUCCGGCAGUUUCCCUGAUAAGUUGACAGGAAACAAAAAUGUUUGUGUGGCACUGCUCUACAUCCAUGGCUGUCUGCUUCAUUGGGACUUGGGGUGUGAGUACAAUCCAUUAAUACAAUGGCUGCAUGCUUAUCCUGCAUGGAUGCUGCUGCUGCUUCUCACCAAUCGCCACCCCAAUUUAUAUUUUGUGGAAUUUUAGCUCUUUUCACUUCAUCUGAGAUCCUCCACUGGCAGGUCUUAUAACCAAUUAGAUAAGACAGUGAUGGCCAAACUUGACCCUCCAGCUGUUUGGGGACUACAAUGCCCAUCAUCCCUAACCACUGGUCCUGUUAGCUAGGGAUGAUGGGAGUUGUAGUCCAAAAACAGCUGAAGACCCAAGUUUGGCCAACACUGAGAUAAGAUAUAGGUAAAGCAAGAAUGGAGCUAACUGAUCUUGGCCUUGAUCAGAAACUUAUUAUAUAAGCUGUGUCUCAUCAUUCUUUCAAGUCUCUGAUUCUCAUCAUGCAUUCCCAUUCUAGCUUAUCUAAUAGCUGUCAGAGAUCACUGUGGUGUGUAUUAAACAAAGAAUGUUUCACUUAUGCUGGCAUUGGCUUAAAUCUGUUUAAUGCUAAUGUGAAACAUACCCUGUCUAUAAUUUUCUCUCCCUUUCCAUUCUGUAUUCUACCCAUCCAUUAACUACAUUUACACAUGGCACAAAUGCUGCACAGUGCACAUGUAAAUGUACAAUCAAGCCUCAUGUGUAAAAACUUCCAAAGGGUGUAAGGGGUUUUGUUUUAUUAUUUUUUGCUCACCUGCAUCCAAGAGAAAUAAAGUAGGGUAGGGGUAGCCAAUGUGGUGUCCUCAAGAUGUUGUUGACUACAACUCUCAGCAUCCUUGACUAUUGAUCACACUGGCUGAGACUAAUGGGCAUUGUUAUCCACAACAGCUGAGGGUGAUCAUGUUGGCUACCCUUUGUAUAGGGUGUCAGCUAAAGGUGAUAGAUGAUGUGGCCUAUAGGCAGGAGAAAAUGCUUAACAAUGGUCCUUCCAUAAUAAAGGGGGGCUACUUCCUUUACAAAUACAUUUACAUUAACUUCAAAAAAAUGUUCAAUUUGCUGUAUGAAAUUUUGCAUGAUUUCAGGCAUCUCAAGCUAUUCCUAUUUUUUUGAGGAACUGCGUGAAUAGAAAAUACAUGUACCGUAUUUUUCGCUCUAUAAGACGCACCAGACCGUAAGACACACCUAGUUUUUGGAGGAUGAAAACAAGAAAAAAAAUAUUCUGAAUCCCAGAAGCCAGAACAGCAAGAGGGAUCGCUGUGCAGCGAAAGCAGUGAUCCUGCUUGCUGUUCUGGCUUCCGGGAUAGCUGUGCAGCCUGCAUUUGCUCCAUAAGACGCACACACCCCUUACUUUUUAGGAGGGAAAAAGUGAGUCUUAUAGAGCAAAAAAUACGGUAUGUAUCUUCUUUAAGAACAUCCCUUUCUACAUUGCCUCUUCAUAGUUUCAUAUGUGGGUUUUUUGGGGGGGGCGGGACCAAAGAGUUUCCUAAAUAACAGAUAUUGACAUCACAGUUGGGACCUUUUGUAACUUCUGCAAUAAGGAGGCAUGAGUCUUCCUCCUCUGCUUGAAAAACUUACCGUAUUUUUCGCCCUAUAGGACGCACUUUUUCCCCUCCAAAAAUGAAGGGGAAAUCUGUGUGCAUCCUAUGGGGCGAAUACAGGCUUUUGCUGAAGCUUGGAGAGCGAGAGGGGUCGGUGCGCACCGACCCCUCUUGCUCUCCAGGCUUCAGGAAGCUAUCAGCAAGCCUGGGGAGCCCGUGGGAGUUCCCGCAGGGCUCCCUAGGCUGCGGAUAGCAGCCUGCUGCAUGGAGCGCGGGGCGCGCUGAAGCAGAGCGCACCGCGCUUCGGGCAGACAUCGGCCAGCCUGGGGAGCCCUGCGGGAGGUCCCGCAGGCGCCCCUAGGCCGCGGAUCGCCGACCUGCUGCAUGGAGUGCUGGCGUGCUGGAGCAGAGUGCCUCGCGCCGGCAGACAUCGGCCAGCCCCACAAGUUCGGGGGACAGCGGGGAGGCGCAGCGCCACCAUCCCGCUGUUCCUCGACCUGGUUUGGAGGCUGGCGCUGGGGAGAAGCGCGCUUCUCCCCAGUGCCAGCCCCACAAGCUCGGGGGACAGCGGGGAGGCGGAGCGCCGCCAUACCACUGUUCCCCGACCUGGUUUGGUUUCCCUGACCUGGUUUUGGGUGGGAAAUAAAGGGGAAAAAUUUUCCUUUAUUUCCCCCCCAAAAAACUAGGUGCGUCCUAUGGGACGGAGUGUCCUAUGGGAUGAAAAAUACGGUAAUAUUUUUGCAUCUUGCACAGUAGGCAAGAAGGUGAAACAAUUAGCACUGGUAUUUCUUUUUUCCCCUCCAGCUUUUCAGAAUUUGUAGUAGAGUAAAUUGGAAUGUUGAAAUCCCUUCACGAAGGGUAACCUGAUCUUCAUGGUUUGGGGAAACCUAGCCAGAUGGGCGGAGUAUAAAUAAUAAAUUAUUAUUAUAUUAUUAUAUGGAUUCCAGUGAACACUGCUAGUCAUAAAUGGCUCAUGGGGGUUGUUAAUGCACCAUCUCUUUGGAAGAAAGAUCCUAUUGUCAGUUGAGCAUGACCAUUGUCUAAUAUUCAAUAGAGCGGGGCAUGUUGUUGAAUCCUGCCAGAACUGCCCAAAUUGUGCAAAAAGAUCUUGGAUGGACUUUGUAAAUCAGCUCAAAGCGCUCAUAUGGGAGAAAGCCUGUGCUACAUCCACUAACAGUUUGCUGGGCUGUCGUUUAGUUUCUCUGAAGGAAUCUUAACUCAAAGAACUUAACUGUGAGCUUCCUUGGCAUUGAAACAUCUGGCUGUGUUAGAGGAGGUGGCCUUUCUGUCAGCUGUCAGAGCAUUAGAACUGAAAGGGGAGAAAAUCAGUAGAACCAAAGCUCAAGAAGAAGAGACCCAAGGCCCAUAACAAUCCAAAUGAUACUUAAAUAUUCUGUCCAAACCUGAACAGUUGAUGAAUGUGUGAAAAUGCUUUGCAUAGGCUGAUCAGAUGACAAGGUUCAUAACUCCAGAAGCUUCAAUUUGUAGUAAAGAGGGAGGUGCUGGCUACAAUUAACUGUCAGAGUCUGCUAGAAUGAGGAAUUUGCUAAGCCAUUGAAAAGGAAGCCUCUGGAAAAGAAAAAGAUAUGUAGGUAUAAAGUUAGGUGAAGGAUCCUUGGAUGGUUAAGUCCAGUCGAAUUUGACUAUGGCGUGUGGUGCUCAUCUCUGCUUUCAGGCCAAGGCAUCCGGCGUUUGUCUGGGUCAUGUGGCCAGCAUGGUUAAACUGCUUCUGGCGCAACAGGACACCAUGAUGGAAACCAGAGCACACAGAAACGCCGUUUAUCUUCCUGCCUCAGCAGUACCUAUUUAUUUACUCGUGCUGAUAUGCUUUUGAACUGCUAGAUUAGCAGGAGCUGGGACAAAGCAAUGGGAGCUCACUCCGUCUGGACUAAGCAUUGGUGAUUCUAAUGUCAAGUCAUUCUAUGACAAACUGCUCUUUGCAAGAAACUCAGUGACUCAUGGCCUUAUGGAAUUCUUCUGCAUCAAGCUUAUCACUUCAGCUUGGGGUAGCUGAGAAGUGGGCCCUCAUGCUCACCCUGCAAUUUAUUGUGUUCUGGCAGCUAUGGACAGUUGUCUACAAAAUUCUAUCAAGAACCAGGGAGGGUGGGUAGCAUGAUUACAGGCUGUACCUAGAAUCUUUCGUUAUAAAGCUUCGUUUGUUCAGAAAAGUGUCACGCAGAUGUCCAUGCAAAUAUGGGAAAUGUAAUCAUCAGUAAGCAUAUUUAUUUAUUUAUUUGCUUUAUAUUGCCCAAGGCAACCCAGAGUGACAUAGAUACACAACAAAAGAUACCAACUUUCUCGUAACAGAACAAAAACAAUGUGUGCACUUCAGCAGCAGAGUAUAGUACCAGUCUUUAUGUGUCCAUGAUAUACUAGUCAAGGAUUAUAAUCUUUGCACUCCCCCAGUUUCCUAUAGGGCAGGGGUGAACAGAAUGUUGGUUGCAAUCAAUCCAUCUUUCUCAGGCUGAUUUGCAGGCAAACAUUUCAGCCUCUCUUCUCCUUUAGCCGAUUCUGUUGGCUGAAUGUGGGUGUAGCAGCCCCAUUUUUUAUAUAUGUAUUCAGAUUUUGCUAUUUAAAAACAAAAAAAAAAAUUGUGUGUGAAGCUACUUCCUGCCAGCAGCCUCUUUGUUGCCCUGCUUCUGCAACUUUUCCCUCAGUGAAUGAUAGGAGGCUGACAAUUAUCAUAUUGGACCAGAUUUCUGCUGCUUAGCUUUAUUAGAUGGCCCUAUUAUUGUACGAAUAAGCCUCAAAUGCAGCUUCUCAUAUAGGAGUUGUUCCGGUCCCAUGAUAAUUUUGGCAGCCCUUUUCUAAACCUCUUUCAUAGCCAAUUACUAAUCAACAGGAGAGUCUCUCCUCUUAUUUCAUGACCACUACAUUUAAUCAGGAGUCUUUGGUGAGUUACUUAAUCAAAGUCUUUUUGAAAUUCUAAGUACACAGUGUCCUCACACUACAUCUUAUGGACAAGUUAGAUUUUUUAAAAAGAGGAUUCCUUGCCACAAGGGGAUGAGCUUGUUCCCUGAAGGUCAGGAGCUCCCUGCACUGAGUAAACACCCAUGACAUCUAUCUAGGCAGCCAUUAGUUGUUUAUGUGGCAUUCUGUACAGUGUUCUAAAUAGACCCCACACCCCUGCUGGCUUCCUACCUGAAUGCUUUGUGUUGUUUGAAUUUUAAAUCAAAGAAGAGGUGGAGCAUCGUGAGGCUUGACCCGCUUGCUCUGUUUUAAACUUGCACAAAUGCCUAACUUGCAUUGUUACCUUGACACUUUGUUACUGGGACUGAGAAUCUUCACCAGAUGGUGCUCCUUUUGUGCUUCUAAAACAGAUUCUUUCUCUCUGGGUUGCCUGAAGCUUAUUGUCCUGUCUAGCUUCCCCCGACUUCUGCAGCAGCCAAUUAGAUCAGGAAGUCAUUGUUGGAAAAACACAAGGAGGCAGGGCCCUGCAAGGGGUGGGGAGGGGGUGCGGGCAGUUGGGUACACUAGCCCCAGGCCUUGCUGGGCUAAGGGAACUGACGGGCCCCACCAGGGACUGGCUUUUUUUUUUGUUUGAGCUUAGAAUAAAGUUAUAACAAGACUCCCACCCCAGGCCUCAGACAAGUUCUGCAUGGGCCUGCAAGGAGGUAAGACUCCUUGGGUUGCAAUAAAUUCCAAUGACUAAAAAUCUGAAAGGGAAAUUUAUCUCAGUUUAGCACCCUGGGUAGUGAUAUUGACGGAUAUGUGAUGUGGGCAGUUGAAACCCCCCUGGGAAUGAAAGUGCUUUAAAUCUGAAUGAUUUUAACUGAUUUUGAAACUGAACAAAAAACCUUAGCUUUCAACUCGCCCUAAGGUCAAUCCUUACCCCUUAGUUUACAUGCUAUCCUUAAUAAGCUCAAACCAGGCCUUUACUGAGUUUGAAUUGGGGUUUUUAAAAUACCCUAAUGUUUUAAGUUUUAACUUAAAAUCUAUUUAGCAUUCAAAAUUAGAGUGUAAGUGUUAUAAAAGCUGAAUUUAAAGCUAAAAGCCUAGGGUCCCGUCCCCCCCAUUGAACUAUUUUAAACUGGUUUUAACUGAACUGAAAGCUGAAACUUUAGCUUUUAACUUGGACUGAACUUAACCCUUUCACUAAAUUUACAUGUUGCCCUUUAUGGCCUAUAACUGAACCCUAUACUUAGAGUGAGCUGAAAGCAAGGCGUACACUUUUCGAUUUAAGCUGAUUUUUCCAUUAGCUAGGUUGUAUUGUUUGGAACUAAUUAGUAGCUUCUUUAUCCCCUAUCAAAAUGAUAAACAUUGAUUUAGAGUUUUGUAUGACUUCGUCCAAAGUAGGCAAAGCAACAUUCUGUUAGAAAGGAGCAUGAAUACUUUUGACACAGAAUCAUACUUUUUGUCCCACGUAAGUGUUUUGUUAAACUUGGGUGUUCCAUUAUAGGGAGUGUGGAAACUACCGGAACCAACUAAAUGGUUCAGCUUUAACUGGUUUGCUGCUUUUUUCAGAUAGCUUAAUGCAGACAGGCAGAAGUUAUUGGACUACUUGUAUUUAGAAGUCUAUGGGGUUAUUAAAAGUGAUCUGUUACUUCAGUGGUUAAAGGCCACAGUGCUGUUGCCAGUUCCUGACAUCACACUGCAAACAGAGCUUCACACAAAACACUUGGAAGAGCUUCCAAAAGUGGUACCAAUCAGUUGGGAACUCUUAUUAUUUUUUCAUUCCCAAUACAGCUGGCAAUACUUAUUUAUUUUAUUUUGCUUUCCCAGAUGGUGUGAGGCACAACACGCUUGCUUGUUGCAUUAAAGCUUAGCCUGAAAGAGUGAGAGCAAAUUUAUAAAUCAGAAAUAUGGUUCUAUAAGGAAUGGAGCUUUCCUACUACUGUUUCUGCAAGGGCAGAGGAGAGUUGCAUGCUACAGUUACAAUCUGAGUGGGUUACCUUCUCUAGAAGCUACAGUGGUACCUUGGGCUACAUACGCUUCAGGUUACAGACUCUGCUAACCCAGAAAUAGUACCUCGGGUUAAGAACUUUGCUUCAGGAUGAGAACAGAAAUUGUGCUCUGGUGGCGCGGCAGCAGCGGGGGGCCCCAUUAGCUAAAGUGGCGCUUCAGGUUAAGAACAGUUUCAGGUUAAAAACGGACCUCCGGAACGAAUUAAGUACGUAACCAGAGGUACCACUGUAUUUUAGAACUGCCACCCCUCCACGCAGCAAAAUGUAACAGUAAUUCUCCUUUCUCAUCAGCUCGAAUGGACAACAAAGAUAAAAAUGAGACUGGGACUGAAGAGCCUAAACCAAAGGUAAGCUGACAAGCAUAUAUGAACAUGGAUGCAGUUCAUCCUCUCUGCAUUCUUGGUUCUUCCUUAAAACAUUUUUCUUUAUCUCUGAUGGAGUAAAUAUUUUGCUUUCUGCUAGAAACCUUUAAAUGCAGUUUGUUGUCUCCCCAAUCACCACAACUUUUUUUUUUUUUUCAAAGGCCCAGUGUGCAUUCUAAGUUAGAAUCCCUUUAAAAUAUGUAUUUUAAGCUUGAGAAGCCACUUUCUUCCCUGUAACUAAACUAGGUGUGACAGGAAGUUGCAGCUGUAAAACUUGACAUCUCCUUUUGCGUAGAGUUUCAUUCAAGCCCGAGUAUCUCUGAGAAGCAUUUCUGUGUGGUAAUCAGUGUUAAGCUUGUUUGUGGAACUUCUGCUUCAGGGACAGCCUCUCUUCCUCCCUGUGGUGCUGGCUUUGGAGAAACCUACCCACUAGUUUAAACAUGUUUUAAUGUGACCUUGAUUUUAUUGUGUAUUUCUAUGUGUAUUUUUUUAAGUGUAACCUACUUAGGGCUAAUGGUGAGAGGGAUAGAAAUAUAAACAAACAAACAAACAAACAAACAAACAAACAAACAUAAAAUAAAAUAAAAUAAAGUGAAUGAAAGCCCCCUUUUGCUGUACAAAAGCAGCAGCUGUCAUACCUUGCCCUAUAACUCGAGCUUUGAAAGGAUCGUUUGCCUCAUUAAUCAGAACCACAAAAAGAAAAGACUGAAUUGCCUAAAGAGCAAAUAAGGCAAGCCACAAAAUGGAUCAGAGCACGCACAGGAAGCUUGAAAAUAAGGAUUGCUUUGACAGGCCCACAGACUUGCCUGGAAAAGGCAUGUGACUGGAAGGACUACAGUUUUAUUCUGCCGGUUUUUUAAAGGCUUGUUCUCCCAAGCCUCUGUUUCUGGGUUAAGUUUUGGAACUUAACUGCUCUCUCCCCUUCCUAAAUCUCAAACAGAUUGCCUGGAAAAUGUCUGCUGGCCAUGUAGAUAGCAAUACAUACACAGAGCCUGGCUUGUUUAUUGAUCAUUGUAGUUCAGAAACCCUUCUUCCUCAUUCAGCAGUAAUAAUGAAGUGGCUUACUAGCGAAGAGGCUGAAGCAAACUUCUUUAUUUAAUGGAAACCUGUUCAGACACUAACCAGCUAUUCCCAUGGGAGUAAAACAAUAAAUGGCAAAACCUGUGGUUUUUCUAGGUUAUGUUGCAAGCGCAGAGGGAUUGAUGGAGCCAGUAGUGGAUGGCAGAUUGGCUCAGGUGGGGCUGCAUUGCUGUCCCCGCUUUCAAACACAGUGUGUUGCUGCUGCUUACUGGGAGGGGGAGAGGGCAAGGCAACUGAGAGCUCAGCAGGUACUGGUGUGGCAGCAGAGCCAGGUGAACACUCCUCCUACACCAAGUUCUCGUUGCCCUCCUACUCCCCCUCUCAAUAAGCAGCAACAUCAUGUCAUGUUUGGAAGGCAAGAAAGUAAGGCAGCCAGAUCUGUGCUGCCCUGCCAGCCACUCCUGGAUGUCACCAUCUCUCCCAGAAUUCUUCUUUAUGAUGAUGUCAUGGUGGAAACCAAUACCACGGAACUGAUAAAUGCAAUAUGUGGGAGCAUAUUUACUUUCAGAUGCUCCUUUGAUGAUGUACUCUUCAAAAACCUGUGAGUUUGGUACCCUAUCCUUCUAAGGGUGAGAUAGAUGAUGUGAUGCUUUGAAAUUCUUCUUAAUGCCAGCGCAGUGCAGGAGAUAGAGAGCCAGUUUCAGUUAGGUUUUGACUUUCUUUUAACAUGCUUAAGGCCAUUGGUCAUUCUGACUUUACUUUAACCACCACACUUUUUCAGUUUAUUUUGAUUAUUUUUUACUUUUUUCUCAUGCUGAUCUUUGGUUUUAUUUUAUUUUGUUCACAUGUUUUUAAGACAUCCAUACCUUCCUCUGUCAAAAUCUUGGAAGGUAGAUCCUCCAUUAUUCCCAAACGAAACUCCUCUGUUAGUUCUGUCCCUUUGAAAAAACCCUCCAACCCUGCUGAGUCCUCAGUACCAACUUCCAUCCCUAAAUGCAUCUCUUCUAUCGCAUCCCGACCAACCAGUACAGGAACAAAAGAGAAAAGGGGCAAGGUAAGAAAUGGUGUAAAAAGAAGUUGGUGGAGUGAGGGGCUGGGGUAAAUCUAUUUCUUUCCCAUUUGCUUAGAUUCCUUGCAUUAAGUUGGGCAUUCAUUUACAGCAAAUUGCAUGCAAGUGGUUGUUGUUUUUUGUAAUUUUUACUUACCUGACUGUUUCCUAAUGACCCCAAGAUAUGAAUAUACUUUACUUGGUUAUGGCUAGCUACUACCACCCCAAUCUAUUGCCUUUUUCUCCCAUUUUAAGAGAUUGUGCUAGGAUUGACCAGUGAUUAUAGCCAAGUCGAAGAAUACUUCUUUCUAAUAGUUGAACAAGCAGCCUCACAAUGCACUUAAUAUUGUGUUUAAUUUGCACAUAAAUGAAGUCAAAUAAAUCACCGCUUGAUACAUUAAUGUGCUCAGAUGGAGUGUUAUUUAUUUAGUCUACAAACUGGCCCACAUCUGCAGAUCUCUGGGUAGGUAACAAUAAAACUUUGCAAUUUAGAGAAGAAAUGAAAAGUGCAAAUAUAUACAUCCCCUUUAGCCAACUUUGUUUAUUCAGCUUAAAUUCUUCUUAGUUUUUUAUAUUCCUCCCCCCCGCCCCCGGACAUUGCCAGCGUUUUACUGAGCUUUAUUUAGUUAAUGGAUAUGUAAGACAUUUGAUGUUGCUUGUUGCUCAGGUUUUCCAGAUGGCACAGUAUUUGCAUGUUAUCACACCUGCUCCUGCAAGCUGUGGUGACGUAACAGUGAAAGAUUUAUUCAACAGUCACACAUGUUUUCAUGUGGAUAUCACAUUUUUUAUGCAACAGAAAGGACUCAUGAAAUAAGUGCAUUCAAUUAAUGUGGGUGAAAAAGGGAUUAUGUAAUACUGUUAUUACUGUGGAUAUCUAUUCUAAAAGCUGCAUGUUUAGGAGCUAAGUAGGGACAAGGCAUCAUCAACUUUGCAUUUGGACAAGCCAUUAGUUUUACUUUACAUAAGUUGUUCAUUAUUUAUGUUCUGAAAUCAAAUGAGAAAAUGGUAGAAUUGAAUAGAAUAGCAUUUUGUAUGCCCAACCUCAUAAAAAUACGUAUAAUAAGCACAUGGUAAAGUCUUGAAACUUGUAUUGGCAUUGUGAGUCCAUUUCUCAGGCUUAGGUUGAAAAUGUGUAAAUAAAGAGGAAAUCCCCUAAUCCACAGCAAUUUACUCUGCUUUUUUAGUCUAUGAGCAGUCAAUAAAUACUGCCCUUUCUCAAUUUCUGUCACCAGGGUCCAGAUAUGAAAACAAAGAUAGCCACUCCACGUCCUGGUAUGGGACAGAAUCAGAAGAGUCCAGCCAAUGCUUCUCGGAUCCCUGCCAAAACUCCCACCAUCCCCAAGACACCACCCAGCCUUGGUAAGAGAAGAGGGUUUUUGUGUGUGUUGAUCAUGUGUUGCAUAGCAGUUUGGUUUUUUUUGCUUUCUGGAAAUUGCUUCAAACAAACUGUGGUUUACUUGAGCUCCCUCACAUUCAAAUACAAAGGUGUCGGGUUUUGCUUUUAUUUGUAGUGUAUCAAGAGAAAGUACAAGUCCUUCCUCAGUAUAUUCUUCUUGGCAGUAGAUGUGACCAAGAACUGUGCCUAUGCAGACAAACCUUUUAAAAGAACCCGAAAAGCCUCUGAAGAAAGUGGCAUGAAGUUGAUGUGGCCUAGCACCGCAAAAGUUCAUUUGACACAGGCCUCAAGGCAGGAAUUUUAAUAAAAGUAGCAUGAGAAGUAGCCUUUUCUCAAAAUCAUAAGAUGAGCUUUUAUAAAGGGCAGGGAGCACCAGCCAACCUGUCCAUUUCUGCCUCUCACUGCCACCAUAAUCCUGCUUAAGAACCAAGUCUCACUCAGCACUGGAUGAUUGGAUAGCAGGUGGCUGCCAUCUUGUAUCACCCUCAAUGCAAUGCUUGACAUGAUGACAAAGGGACCUAAGAUGGUGGUUUCUUGCUACCAGCUUGUCUUCUUUUUAAAGAAUCACCAAGUUACAGGGAAUCAGCCAAGUUACAGGGAACCAGGCAGAGGGCCUUCUUGGUAGUGGCACCCACCCUGUGGAACGCUCUCCCACAAGAUGUCAGAGAGAAAAACAACUACCAGACUUUUAGAAGACAUCUGAAGGCAGCCCUGUUUAGGGAAGCUUUUAAUGUUUGAAAGACUAUUGUAUUUUAAUAUUUUGUUGGAAGCCACCCAGAGUGGCUGGGGAAAUAAUAAAUUAUUAUUAUUAUUAUUAAGGAUCACCUCAUUGCAACAAGACGCUGAUAGUGGCACCGGCUGGAAAGCCUUGAGCCUAGGCCUAGGUCUUGGUCUGGUGCUGCUUCUCCCACCCCCAGAUACAUGUGUUCUCCCAUAGUCACCCAAUGAGUGGUUUACCCAGUCUUGGAGGUAGGGUUAAGAUAGGGCUUAAGCUCCUGCUCCUGUGCUCCCUGUCCCCUUAGUACACUUUCCCUGUUUCCCUUUUAUUUUCUAAUAGUCAUUGGAAUCUCUGUAGUCUGCCCUUCCUUUCCCCCCUAGCAACCAGGAUGCAAGAUUAUCAUUGUUUUUCACGGAGCGGUGGUUUUUGUUCUUUCAGCUGCCAAAAAGGAGCAAAGAAGGCCCCCUAACACAGCAGCAAAAUCUGAGAGAGGUAAAAAAAGUUUACUAUUUCCUCUUCAUUCCUAACAAAUCCUGUCCGCUGGCAUUGACAAUAAAUUCUGUAAAACCUUGAUAUUUAAAUUACCAUUUUGGGGGGUAGGUAAAUGUUUUUUUAUUCAUAUUUUAAAAUAUCUUUCCAUCGGAAAGAAAGUUGCAACAGUACUAAAUGCAACAUAGCAUAUGUUUUUAUUUAUUUAUUUAUUUAUUUAAAACGUUUUUAUAUCACUCUUCAUUAAAAUUCUAGGGUGGUCUGCAAUAGAUGCUGAUAUAAUAAAACGGCAUAUUAAAAUACAAUAAAAACAGUAAAAAUGGCAACAACUGCAGUAGCUGAACAGUUUUCAGUGGCAAAGACCUGGAUGAACAAGUGUAUUUUCAGAAGGUGCUAAAAACUCACCAAAGUUGGUUCCUGCGUUAUUUCAGUGGGGAGAUGAUUCCAUAAGCUAGGUGCUCUAACAGAAAACGUCCUCCCCCUGCUUGCUGCCAUGUGGAUUUCUCCAGGUUGUGGCCCAGCCAGCAGAGUCUCGUUUUGGCAUUUCAACAACUGGGCAGGUCUAUACUGAUUAAGGUGUUUCUUCCGGUACCCAGAUCCCAAGUUGUUUAGGUCUUUAAAAGUCAGCAACAAAACUUUAAAUGUGGCCAGCACAAAAUUGGCAGUCAUUGCUGCUCUACUUCCUUGGUGGAUCUAAUUUCCUUCGUGCAUAUUGAACAGUGUGGAAGGUUCUUUUGAAUCAACAGCUAAAUGAUUACUUAACAUAUUGUACUUUCAUUUCAAAUUGCAGGUGAACCGGUAAAGUCUGGAGACAGGAGUGGCUACAGCAGCCCUGGAUCUCCAGGAACUCCUGGCAGUCGCUCCCGCACACCCUCCCUGCCAACUCCACCAAACAGGGAGCCCAAGAAGGUGGCAGUGGUUCGCACCCCGCCAAAAUCCCCUUCUUCUGUCAAGAGCCGCUUGCAGACAGCCCCUGUCCCCAUGCCAGACCUGAAGAAUAUAAAGUCCAAGAUUGGUUCCACUGAAAAUUUGAAGCAUCAGCCAGGGGGUGGAAAGGUAAAUCCAAUGCACCUUGUCGUUAUGUGUGGGCAAAUGAAAUACAAGUUUGGAGUUAGAUGGGAAGUUACCUACCUUCCGUUCGUCCCCUUGUCAACUUCUAUUGAAUUCUGACCCUUGCAGCGGCAGCCAUCUCUUCAAUAUGUGAGUCCCCUGAAUCUUUACACACAGAUGUCUCUGUGUAGCCCACAACUUUGUAUAAAGAUCUUUUGACUGGGGCACAAACCCAGCAGUAGCAUUACAAGAAAACUGAAACAGCAUCUCAAACUUCCUCCUGAAACUAGCCAACCGGGGAAGGAGUCAGGAUGGAGAGCAGCUCCUGUGGCCAGGCACUCUGAAAAUGCCCCGGCUGCCACUUUGAGACUUCCGUGGGCGGCACUGUAAUUUCAGUUGCUUCAAAACUAAUUUUCUGCUGCUGGGAAUAAAAGGCCUAUGGCAGCGCCUACUGUGUUAUCUUCUCCUUCUCUAGAACUCUGUCUUCUGUCCCAGAUAUCUUGCACUUCCCUGGAGGGCCUUUUCUAUAGUUUGAGAACCACUGUACUACAAAGUAGUGAAUGGGCUCAAUCUUCUCCAUGCCAUGUUACAUUACUUGCAAAAGUUCUGUUUUCCGGUUCCAACCUCACCCUCUGUUCAAAAAAAAGAAGUUUCAUCUUUCAGAUCACCCUGUGCUCAAAGUGCAUUUGUACAAACUAAGGGUUAGAAAGCACAUGGAAUCUGAGCAGAUAGAGUAAAUGGACUCUGUAUGGAACACUCUUACUAAGAUUAGAGCUGGGGUGACACGUAUUUAAAAGCCAUGUCAUAGAAUCACUGACUCACAGUGGUGAGGAAAAGUGCUAUGUGCAUGGUUAGAUAGAGCUGUGCUGUACCCAACCAACAUGUGAAAGGAGAAUAGAAAUGGUAUACACAUGUCACUUGGCAAAUCCUUAAGUUAGGUUUAUCUAUGUCAACAACUUUCACUGCUAGAACACCUGCUGUCUUUGGAAGAGGCUUGUGCAGGGGGCUGAGAGAUAAUCUUCCUUCAGCACAGGGGUGAAGAACCUUUUUUAGCUUGAGGAUCACAUUCCUUUCUGGGCCACAUAUCAGUGAUAAUCAGGGCCAGAGGCAAAAGUGAGCAGAGCAAUGCAUUUAAAUGUUACCUUUGUGCAGGAGGCUAGUUUUUAUACACACUAUCCUCCAUCUAGGUAAGAAAGAGGCAUUAUCAAUGGCCUUGGUGCCAUGCAUGCCUUCCAUCAGCUUUGGUGGGUGGCUCAGCUAUGCCCUUAUCUGGACAAGGAUAGCCUAACUUCUGAUAACUUCUAGGGUUCCUGCAAUGUAUUAUAUGUGGGUUUGCAUUUGGAAGGUGCAGCUGAUUCAGCCAGAUUGCUGAUUGGAAGAAGAUGGACUUAGCUCAUUACACCAAUUCAGACAUGACUUCAUUGGCCACCAAUAAAUUUUCCUGCUCAAUUCAAAGUGCUAAUCUUGGCUGCUUCACUUCUCUCCCCAAGCACUGGGGAGAAAGAGACUGCAAUCCUUACCUUAGGAACUGACACCAUUAGGCCCGUACCUGGAGAUUUCUGAGUUUGAACUGGGGACCUUGUGCAUGCAAAGCAGAUGAUCUGUCACUGAGCUGUGGCCCUUCUCCUACAUGAAGGCAUGUUGGGGGCUAAUGUGGGGAAGAUAGUUGUAUUAUUCUCCCUUCCUCUAAAGGACAAAUAUCUUUCAGCAAAACUGUAAGGCUUCUUUAUCAAUAGCCAGACUCACUAGUUCCAUUCUCUUGCAUAGGGAGUUUACAGAGAGGAAGGAAGAAAGUAAAGUGACAUGGAAUUAGGCCCACAGAAGGGCGCAGAAUCUGAAGCCACGUUUUCAGUUUGCUGCAGUACUGUGUUGCUGAUAAGUAAUUUCUAUCUAGUUGUGGGCUCCUUCUAGUGCUACUACAAUAUAUAGUCAUUCUUUGAAGGGUUGCUCUAAACUAAAGGGUUAGAUUAUUAUGAGGCUGCUGCAGCCCAUGGUAAUUUAGGGAUCUAUGUUUUGUCCAAUUCCCUGUACUGAUGCAACAAUUGGCAGACCUAAAUAUUCUGUAUCUGCAAAACAAUAUGAGUUGUCUGUAGCUAAGGGACGUUCUUAGCUUACUGGUCAUAGCUUGCUUGUCUUUAUGACCUGCCUUGAAAUUGUUAAUUAAUGUAUGACUGUUAGGGGUUGGUGGUUUUAUUUGGCUUUAUCUUAAUGUUGUUUUAACCUACCCUGGGGCUUUAUGGUGAAGGGUGAAUAAGAAAUACAGUAAGUAGAUAGAGUGGUAACCAUUAUUGCAAAUGUAAACACCACCCACAAAUUACCCAGAUUACUUGACUGGGUGCUCAGCAUCAGGUUUUUAGAGUGUGCUUUUUUCACUUACUUUUUACAGAGGAGCAACAUAAUGUCAUCAAAUCUUGUAACUCUUGUGUUUCCACCCUCUUUCCUCAGACUAUGGAAAAUCCAGCAAGUGUAAAUCACUUUAGCAUUAUUCUUGUCAUAUUAUUUUUUUAAGGUAUGGUUUUGAUGUUUGCAAUGUUGUAUUAGGCAGGCAGGCCUGUCUGUCUGCAUCUGUAUUUUGGUACACUUCAUUAUUACCUUUUUGAUAGGUGUCAUUGAUGGGUGGGGAUCUCUUUUUAAAUUAGCACUGUUUCUCCUUUAUUUGUUUUUUAAAAAACAUUAGUAUAAAAGUGCUUCAACUUAAAAUGGGUUUUAAUGCAACUUUAAAAAAAAUGUUUUAUAAAACAUGCAUGUUAUUUGAAUAUUUGUAUUGAGUGCCAUUUUCACUAUUGAUCACUCCCCCCAUGCUCACUUUAAAAUAUUUUUGUUCUAAUUUUAAGCAUUAUUUUUUUACAGUAAUUAUGUAAUACUGUUGAAAUUUUAAAAGCACUGAAGCACAGUUUUUAAAAAUGGUAUUAGAAUUUAUUUAAAAUGGCUUGUUGUGUUAAAUAUUUGCUUCUCCAGCCGCAUGUCUAUGCCAUGCCCACUAGUGUAGACAGGACAUAAUGGGAGAUAAAUACACAGAAAGUACUAAAUUCCUUGAUGUGUGGAAACUCCGUUGCAGUUCUGAAUGAGGCUUUCAGGGAGAGAGAGAGAGAGAGAGAGAGAGAUCAACAGUUGAGUUCAGGUGCUUUCAGAUUGACAACCCUUUUUAAAGUCUGGUGAAAGUUUGACGUGCUUCCAAAUAUAAUGGUUAUUCUGUGGUGCUAGCAACAACUAGGAGGUGAAUAUGAUUAUCCUAGCAGCAUUUGCCAUGCCAAUGGACAUAGCAGAAGAGAGAGCCAUUAACUGCAUUUAUUAUAUACCACCCUUAACAGUAAUUUGCCCUGGCUCUCCAACCAAUAAGCAAACACAGUUGCUUUCGUUUUACUUUAUAUUGUUCAUAUACACACUUUUUUGCAGUCCUGUGCUGGGACAAAUAUCUCUGUGUUAGAAAUGGGGCAGCCUAUGUCAUGAUUUUGUUUUGUUUUUGUUUGUUCUUUUAAGCACUGUACUUAUUUCAGGCCUGACUGUAGGACGUUCGCCACUGCGUAAGCUGAAAUUUGAAGCUUCAUCUUCAAAGCAAGGAACUGGCAUUUGUCCCAAGGGGAAAGUCCCUUGCUUCUUUCUUUGUCUUAGAUGACUGCUACAAAAUGCAAAAGAUAUCUCUACUGGCAGCGGUUGUCACUCAUAUUCUUUUUCUGGCUAUCAAAGGUGCAGGUGGUUAAUAAGAAGCUGAACUUUAGCCAUGUCCAAUCCAGGUGUGGAUCAAAGGAUAAUAUCAAACAUACCCCAGGAGGAGGCAGUGUGAGUACCUUCACACCAUUCAAUGCACUAUAAUAAUCUAACUUAUUAUAAGUGGCAUGACUUUUGCAUUAACCCUGAAACACCAAUGCUGUCUGCACAGUCAGAUAGCUAUUGAUGAUGUGUAGUGAAUUAACCUGUUACCAGUGAAAAUAUGGCUUGAUUAAAGCUCCAGCAGAGUUAGCUGUAUGGGGAUGUGCACUGAGCUAAUUGGGUAUUGAAUUGGAGGCAAUAUUAUUUAAGUGGCUGCCUUCUCAAUACAUAGUGUUCAAAUUACCCCAGAAAUUAUCCUUUCUGACUCAGAUAGUUGAUGGAAAAUGAAGGUGUAGAGUGUAUUGCAAAUGGAAAGCUGAUUAAAAGUGUGGUGUGUUCAUGGACGCAUAUAAUCAGCAUUUAAAAAAAAAUAAAUCAAAAUUCUUCAUCAAGGAAGCACAUGUUCCUUGUUCCCUCAAAAUAAAAUAUGCAAAUUAGAUAAAAUAAUGAAUCAUUUCCCUUAGGCUUACUUUGCAGAAUUUAUUUUGCUUCCAUGAUAUGAGUUUUCAGGGAAAUUUUAUUAUUUUUAGUGAGGAUUUUGGGAGCAGAGGGAAAGGCAGAAAAGGAAAGUGUUUAGUGUUCUGUAUAUAGUAGAAUUGAGGGGGUAGGGGAGAACUGGUAUAUAUAGGAUACAGGAGGGUCUUGCAACAAAAUGUUGCAGGAUAUUAUUACCUAAUAGGAAUUCUCUUGUCCAGAUUUCCAGCCAUGAUGCUUUCCUCCAAAACAGUAUAAGCUGUUAGGGGCUCAAGCAAGCCAAUUCACUCUUCCCCUGCACUUUGUGAAUUUUUGUUUUUACAACUGAUAUGCAAUGUUCAGUAGGUUCUUGGUGCUUACUGUGCCAAUUGGGUGGGGUGGGGUGCUAUCCCUCUUGGUUAGAAAAAUGGUUUUCUUUUGUACUUCUAUGAACUUCAGGAUUCUCUUAAGCAGCCUGGUACCUCUUUGUUGUUUCUCAGUGGCCCUCUUCUUCUGGCUCCAUUUCUAAGUUUGCUGUUAGAAGGAGGGAAAAUUGAGAGUAAGCACAUGACACACAAGCUCUGUCUGCUGAUCACUGGCACACCAGCCCAGCCCAACUCUGGUUUCUAAGCAUUCCUCUGCAAACAAGAAGAAAAGUGCCUUUCUAAAGGCUGAGUUUUGAAGGUGCUGGAAUUUGAGCUUCCAGGUCAAACAUUUAGGAGCAAGUAAUACAGUCAUGUGCUUAACACAGACACAUCAAAGAAUACAUUAUGCAGUCAUAGAGUUGAGACCCUGAGAGUCAUCUAGUCUAAUGCAAUAAUUUCAUCUAAAGCAUCCAUGGCAGAUGGCCGUCCAGCCUCUGCUUUAAAACCUCCAAGGAGGGUCCACCACCUUCCCAGGGAGUCUGUUCCACUGUCGAAGAGCCCUAACCAUAAUAAAGUUCUCCUUGUUGUCUAGUUAGAAACUCCUUUCUUGUAACUUGAAGCCAUUGGAUCAGGUCCUACCCUCCGAAGCAGGAGAAAAGAAGCUUGCUCCAUCUUCCAUGUGACAGCCCUUUAGAUAUUUGAAGAUGGCUAGCAUCUCUCCUCCCAGUCUCCUCUUUUCCAGGCUAAGAUCUCUAAAUCCUUUUCAUACGUACUAUGAAGCCAGGUGUCUCCCAUUUUAUAUCUGUGCAGCUGUUUCUUCCUGCCUGUGUAGAGCCUUACAUUUGUCCCUAUUGAAAUUCAUUUUGUUAGUCUGAGCCCAGUUCUCCAAUCUGUUAAGGUCAUCUUGAAUCCCAAUUGUCUUCUGUAGCAUUAGCUACCCAUCACAGUUUUGUGUCAUCUGCAAAUCAGGUGAGCAUCCUCUCAAUUAAUGUCACCCGGUAUGUUUUUCAAAGCAAUAAGGAAUAUGUACAAGGUUUGUAGCCUGUAUUCAGAACAAGUUCCACAUACUUUCACAAAUGUACAUAACGUGCUCACAUUAGUUUGGUGUAUUGGUUUGCCUUGUUUAAACAAUUUGACUCUUUUGACUUGGUGUUGGUAUGACUGUAUCCUACCACAUCCCUUAUGUUGAUGUUUUCAUGUUGUUUUGUCAGCCAAGAUAAUUGUGGGACAUAUCAGACAGCAGGGUUUAUUUUAUGCACUAGUCUGCAGUGGAUACAUUUCAUCUUGAGCUAGCUUUUAUAAACAAAUUUAUAUUUUAAAAAGAAAACCUGAAAUGCUUUCAAGGGCUAUAGCUCCAUUCAAGAUUAGUAAGGAACACAUUAUGCGUUGCACUUAGGCCAGCUUGCUGUUGUACUGUUUAAUGUACCUAUCUAUAGAUGCCCUAUAAGUUAGGAAGGCUUUUUAGUGAAGUUGGCUAUCUCCAAAUAAGUUUGCACAUCAGAAUUGUUUAUACGGUUUGUGAAUAUUGCAAAGAGUAGCUGGGGAAGAAAAGGAGUGCACAGAUGGGCUUAGAUGAAGGCAGAUAUUGCAUGGGCACUUGCACUUGGAGACUGGAUUUCCACAUUACAUAAGGAACCUGCAAAAGUAUAUUAUGCUUUUAAAGUUAGCAUUCCCAAUUUUUUUCUGACAUUUCUUUUAUAAAUCACGGAUAAAGGAAGCCAUGAUGUAUUUUCAUUGUGGAUUAAAAAAUCCUUUUUGCCUUUUUCAAAUUUGAAGAUCUUUCAGUGACUAGCAUUUGGAAGAGGAAAGAAAAUUGCAACAGCACUGCUAUUUGUAUAGUCAAUUCUAGCUUAGUCGUGUUCAUUAAUUUCAGUGGAUCUACUCUGAGUAGAGCUUAGUUGAAUAACACCCCUAGUGUUCAGGCACAGGAACUAGUGCUUAGUGCUUUUAUUCUAAGCCAUCUGUUCAGUGCUCUGUGGGCAUUUGCUGUGCUGCGUGAAGCUGAUGAGAGCUAUAGUCCGAGGCUGCCACACCCUGCACAAUAAAGUGUAUUUAUUAUUUUACUUAUCUUAAUUUUUGUAAACCUCAUUGUAAUUUAAAAUGAAUGUAUAUAAACUCACCUAGUGUUGGAGGUUUAUGUGAGCUUAGGCUAAAUGUGCAGUAUCCCAAAGUAAAACCCAAAAAUGUUCUUAAGUAGGGGAAAGUUUUCUUCAGUGUCAAUCUGAAAAAAAAGACACCUGACAUAUGAGAUAGUAAACACCAAAAUAGUACUGCAAUACACCAUCCUGGGGGUUGGUGUCGAAGGCAAUGGAAUGGCGUUCUUGUUCUAUUUUUAGAGUCAGAGAGCAAAGACUUCUUUGUUUAUAAAACAUGGACAAAUUGGAUUGCCCCAGGAAAAGCCUAGGCUGCUCCCCUUUUAUUGCAAAUGCUUCUUUGGGAUUUAUGUGGUAAGUCCAUGUGAUUUAUUUGGAGCAAUUCAGACAUUACAAAGACACUUGGAUCUUGAAGAGUUUUAGAUCUGAUUCACAGUGAUUAAUAGGUUUAUAGGUAUCAUUACUUCCCUGUGCUAUGAUACUAGAUGUGGAUUCUGUGCAAAACAAUUACUGCAUUUCUAUCUAGUACACAUUAAGUCUAACCUAUUGACUUUGGCAGGCAAGAUGGAAAUGUGCUCUCAGAUGAAGACAGUUUGCCUAGCAAAAUACAGAGUUGAGCUGACUUCUAUACCAAAUAUAAGCAGAUUUUUACUGAUCUGUGCUUAAGAUGUGCUGAACUAGGAAGACAGGCUGCACGUUUUGUGACAAGGUUGAAUUGAAAAGCCUCCUGAGAUGCAUAUGCAAGAAGGGUCUACUAUAGAACAAAGGCAGAGAAAACAGGUGCCCGUUUGUGUGGUCUCUCCUGAUACUUUUUCCUAUCUAUUUCCCCACCCUGUACCUUAUAUAUGUGUUCAUUCUAGCACUAAGCUACACAACACAAAUUCCUGAUUUCCCACUGGGUGCUUUUCAUCCUGUGCUCAACAAUGCAUACCAAAAUAUCUCUCCUUCCGUCACAGCUUUCACCAAAUGCAAACAGAUUAAAAAAUACGAUAAGAGAAAGGUGUUUACAGAGGAAUCUUUGAGAUGUCCAGGAUAGUUUAGACUCAUCUUUAAAAAGAUUGGUGGGAUCCCAGAUCUCAGGAUGGUUGGAAGACCUAUCAGGACAGCCUGCUCCGGGAGACUGAUGGAUCCUAAAUGAUUUUUUGAUGGCUUUUGGGAAGAGUUUCCUUUCACCCAAACUGGGCAAUCCUGCUGAAGGCCUCAUGAGGCUAAGGGCUUGAUUCACCCCAAGUGCCCUUCUUCUCUUUGUGGAGCUGAGCUAGCCUCUUCAUUUGUGAAGUUGGAAGGAGUGAACCAAUGGGGUGACUCGUAAAGUGUUAGUAAUAGUAGACUUGCAUUUAAUCUGAUCAACAGAUUAGAUACUGUACUAUAGACUAUUAGUGUGCCUAGUACAGUCUACUCUGUGGCCACACUAUUCCAUCACUAUUUUACCAACUGUUCUGGCACUUUCUCGCAGUCAAAGGGCUAUUAAAUCUUGAUUCUUCUACAAAUAGGAGGCAACUUGGUAGCUGGCUAUGACCAAUAUCCCAGACCCUUCAUGGGCAGAAAUGGUUUUACCCACUCUGACUUAGAUCCUACAGUUAAGGCAGAGUCAACAGAGGAAUUUUGGUAUCUGCUUGUUUUGAAUACUUUCCCAUUUGUACAGCCUUUGGAUGUGGACACAAUUAAUUUUUUAAAUCUCCUCUUUGUUUUAUGUUGGUUUUAAUGUAUGUGUCAUAUAUUGUUGUAAGUUGCUUUGAGUUACUUUUGUGAAAAAAGAAAAAAAGCCAUUAAUAAGAUACAUAGAAUUGGAGAACUGAGGCCAAGCCCUUGUAUGCUUCAUCUUUGGCCUUCUUCACUAACAAGAGGUGCUAGAGGGGAACUUUGGAAUUGCAUGAUGGGAGUGGUAAAAGCCUCCUGCAGGUAGGUGUGGUCCCAGAAAACUUAAGAAGAGGUGUUGGCUGGGAGGAAGAAAACACCUCUGGAAACCUUACCUUAAUCCCAGUUUACUGGAGAUUUUCCAGUUGAUCUCCAGUGUUCUUUUUUGAACAAGAUGGCUUCUCAGUUCCAGGGUGUUCUGGAUGUAGGUGAGAAUCCAGAAACGAUUCUAACGGUUCCGAGUAGACUUUCCAAGCACAACAUGGAAAGGGCCACUGAGAAUUGAGACCUCUAAAAUACUGCUUUGGAUGUCUAGAAGCAGGACAAAAGUGCCCAGUGAGCAGCUGUAAGUUCAACUUCAGGGGCCUGGAAGAGGUACCACCAUCAGAUAAAACAAUGCUUGUUGUCUGAGAGGCUUACCCUGCAACCUGUUCAGCCAUUGCAGGUUGCAAUUCUAAAUGCUGAACUUUCCUUUGCCUGGUGGCUGAGAGGAUGACAGCCACUUUGACACCCAGUCUGAUUUUCAGCAAACUGCACAGGGAUGGACUAGGAAGAUACUGCCCCACCCAGCCCACAAGAACCCUGAAUACCAUUUGCCUCUAGUCAGAUUGUAUUCCUUCCCACAAUGUCAUUAAUGCUUGUAACCCAAUAACCACUAAUUCAAUUUUAUCUGUACCUUUUGUGCAUGUUGUACACUUGCUAGCUUGUGUAUGCCAUUCAAAGGUUCAGAAAUGCUUUGUUUAAAUACCUUAGUAUUCGUCUCCCUGUACUGCAUAGAUCACUAUUUAAGCGAAAUGGUUCAAUGUGUCACAAUUGUGCUGUGAUUGUAAUUAUUUUAUAAUAGAACAUUCAAAGCAAGGAAUAUUACACAUCUAAAUUCUGUGAUGGUAUUCAUCAUAUCCAAAUGAAGCUCUGAAAACUCAGUGCAUAUUUUUGAGGGCUCGGUAGACAUAAGCGAAUUUGAUGAAAUUUCAUCAGAAGUUUCACUCUUGCUGUGAAUGCAUGCUUUAAGAAAAUAUUUUUGGAAAAAAUGAAUCUUUUCCACAGUAUGGUUUCAGUCUCCAUGUUGUUUCAGAUACCUUUGUUCUGUUGCAACAUUUUGAAAAGAUCCUUUUAGAAAAAAAUCAACCCUUUCAAUGCACAUUGACUAUUUCUGUUGUUUCAGUUUUUGUGGACAUAAACCUUAAGUUUUACAUCAGAAAAAGGUAUUUAAUUCUGUUUCUGGUUUUUUAUAUUUUCUCUGUAGCAUAUCUUAUUUGAUUAUACCUCUGUCUGCUGACCCCUUUCUCCCUGUCUCACUUGAGCAUCUUCCGUUCCCAUUGCUUUCCCGCCUCCUUCCUCUGGAGGUGUGAUAAAGAGUUUGUGCAUGCUGUGGAAAUGCAAUAAGGAUAAUGUUGACUAUAGCCACAUGUGGUGAUCUUGCCGGACAUUUUAAAUCUUUUUAGAUAAAAAUGCUUGCAAGUAUAAAAGAAAUGUAUUUUUCAUUACCUUUUGAACAACUGAUUAUAUUCUUAAAUUCUUAAAAUAUUUGAACAGAAAGGUUAAAUAUAAAUACAUAGAACAGAUUUAUUAUGAAUAACUACAGCAAUUGGAAUCUCAUCUAACUUAAAAUGAAAAUGAAAUCCUAAAGUUGAGACUGUGGAAUAUAGGUAUGCUUAAAAUAACAACUAUGUUAGAAACAAGGGAAGAGAGGGGUAUAUUUUUUCUAAAGCUUUUGGAAACUCAGGUUACAAAAAUAUGUCAUCCAAUCUACUUUUCCUGUUAUAUGAUGAUCCUUGUUACUUUUCUUUGAAUUUCAUAAAAUCAGUCAAAGAAAAAGUAUGCAUGCCUUUGGUGGGAGAUUUUGCUACAAUGCGUGCUUUGACUUCACAGUUUCUGGUGGAAAACACUCCUUCUGCCUGUGCUUGAAUGAUUAAUCUUUUAGACAGCUUUUCAAACUGCUUUUCUUCUCCAGUUGGGUUCCAGUGUGUCGUCUGUCUCACUUUUUCUGCAUAUCUUGGGGAGACAUUCUUUUUCAAGUUGAAAUAAAUUCCAGCCCCAAACACUCUGUGCACUUCUUUAAUUUUGUCCUCACAGGUACAAAUUGUUUACAAGCCAGUGGAUCUCAGCCACAUAACGUCUAAAUGUGGUUCCUUGGACAACAUUCAUCAUAAACCAGGUGAUGGUGACUAUAUAUGUUUUUUAAAAGUCUUACUGGACUUCUAAAGGGGGUGGGACCCAAUAGCUUUUUUUAUUCUGCUUUUUUGCAGACAUUGACAAAGGAAAGGGGAAAGGAGGGAAAGAAGGACAAUGAUAGGUAGAAGAGGAAGUAAUUACAACUGCGAAAUGAAAAAAAGAUAGCCUGCAUCCCAUGUAAUGCUUGCCUCUACAGUGGUACCUCUAGUUACGUUCACCGCCAGUUACAUAUCCUUCGGAAUAUGUGCGCAGCAAACCCAGAAGUAUUUUUCUGGGUUUCGUCAUGCACAUGCGCAGAAGCGGCUCCGGAACGGAUCCCGUGUGCAACCGGAGGUACCACUGUACUAAGUUCUGUCUGAGAGAGAGAAAUGUUUGCAAAAUAUUGGAAUUGAUCAUCUACAUGAUUUUGUCAACUAUUGGUUCACAGGGUUAUUCUAGAAAAGCCUAGAUGCAUGACCAAGAUAACAUAGUUGCAUAACUUUUUAGGUUAUUAUAAACUUAAUAUAUUAAUUAUUAAUAGGUUAGUACUUAAUAAUAGGGACGCGGGUGGCGCUGUGGGUUAAACCACAGAGCCUAGGACUUGCCAAUCAGAAGGUCGGCGGUUCGAAUCCCCGCAACGGGGUGAGCUCCUGUUGCUCGGUCCCUGCUCCUGCCAACCUAGCAGUUUGAAAGCACGCCAGUGCAAGUAGAUAAAUAGGUACCGCUCCGGCAGGAAGGUAAACAGCGUUUCCGUGCGCUGCUCUGGUUUGGCAGAAGCGGCUUAGUCAUGCUGGCCACAUGACCCAGAAUCUGUACGCCGGCUCCCUCGACCAAUAAAGCGAGAUGAGCGCUGCAACCCCAGAGUCGGUCACGACUGGACCUAAUGGUCAGGGGUCCCUCUACUUUUACCUUACUUAAUAAUUUCAUGUGCAUGCCUCCAAAAGCCCUCCUACAGAGGCAAACAUGUUGGAUCAGAUCUUUGAUCUCUGGAAGCCCUUCCUAGGCAUGGUUCAUGGACUUGAGUCCUCUGCCUGUACACAUUCUGCUGUAAAUUUGCUUUGGGGAAAAAACGUUGAAGAAAUCUGGAUGUCACAGCAGAUGCAUAUAGGCCUAUUGGGGGCAACCAUCUAACACACACAUGUUAGUACAUACAUUUGUGCUCUCUGAGCUAUUUUGUCCAACCGGCUGGUACAGAAGCCAGUUGGCACCAGGCACAGUCUACCUGCAAAUGUAAUUGAUAAGGCCUUUUGUUGCUUCCUUUGUUCCUACGGAUGGAGGCCAUGAAAGAGAAAGGGAGGGAGGGAGGGAGAGAAAAGGGGACUCUUUUUAAAGAGUGGGUCUCAUCAGACUGUUGAUAGUAUUUAUCACCUUGGUAUAUUAGGUACAUAUAAGCUUGCUAGCAUCUAAUUUAAAGUAUGCCCUAUAGUGGCAUGUUCAACUGUUGCCAUUUACUUUCUAUACAACUGAGUUGCAUAGUCAAGUGAGCAAGCCACGUACUGGUGACAGGUGGCAAACAAAACACCUACCUGACAAUAUUCCUUCUUUAUAGCAGUAGCUUACACACUGAGCAUCCACCAAGUUGAUCCAAGAUAAUUUUUUCUCAAGCUCAUCCAACCCAACAUCCUCUUCUUUUCUUUUAGCUCUUGCCUGCUAGUAUUUCAUUAUUUUUUUCACUAUUUUGCAAUUCAUUCAGCUGGCAUUAUUCUGGACCAACUGCUUCCACUUCUAAUGCUGAAAGGGAGCAUGGACAUGUAGUAAAACUUGAUCAGUUUUAUGAGAUCAAAGUAUAUUUGCAUAUUGUGUGGAACUUGCCUUCUGCUGGGUGAACUUGCUGGGUUUUGUUUUUUGCUUUCUAGGCUGUAGAAUUUAUUAUUUACUUGCACUAAACUCUGAGGAUAACAGGCCAAAUCCAUGACAUUAUUUUCUCCAAAUCUUGUACACACACUUUUUAAAUAUAUUUGUUAACCCUGCCUUUAUUUGUCCUCUAGGUGGUGGGCAGGUGGAGGUGAAAUCUGAGAAACUGGACUUCAAAGAUAAGGUGCAAUCAAAAAUUGGGUCAUUAGACAACAUCACCCAUAUGCCUGGAGGAGGAAAUAAAAAGGUAAGCAUUCUUCCUCUUGCUGUUUUCUGUGCAUGAGGGGAAAAUCUCAUCAAGUUAAUAACAGGUAGCAGCAUCUUUCUCAAGCCCUGCUCCCCAUCAGUCUCUUAUAUUGCUGCUUUGAACCUUGUUUUUUAAGUCCCCUGUUUUCCCCAUGCAUUUUCUGUAUGCUUCUCUAAUGCCUACUAAAUACCUAUUACAUUUGCCAGACUAACAGCAAAGGGGUAAUUGCUUAGCAUCAUUCUCCACUUUGUUCCAAAAAAGGGAGCUGCCUCAAAGACUAAACUAUGUGUUACAUGCAAAAUCACUUAUUGGAGCUGUGAUGCUGAUCUUCCCCUCUCCAAGCUGAGGUGAUUGAGAGCAGAAAAAUAGUGUGGGAAGGAGUGUUCAACCCUUUUCCCCACACUGAACACGCCCCUCCCCCUGGAGGUUUAAAGCAUGUUUGUACAUAACAUGUGGUUAGUUCCUUAGCAGCUGCCCACAAUGAUGGCUGAAGUGGGGUAGGACUUGCCCUUCAGAAGAAUUCUGUCCUUCCAUACUCUCCAAGAGGCACCUGGGGGUGCGUACAGACAUACCUAAAAACAAAGCUUGUGGGCUCUGAAAGCAUUGCCAUCAUGUUAUUGCCAGACAAACCUGUUGCUGAGUUUGGAGAAAAGAGAGUUGAAGCAAAAACUGACUGACUGCAGUGUCUUGUGCCAAGCCCUGCUGAAUCUAGUCCUGCAUUGCAUUCCCAUAGUGGCCAACCAGGUCCCUGUGAGAAGCUGCAAGCAGGCCCUGAAUGCAACCAUUCUCCCAACUUGGGAUUCCUGGCUAAACUAAAUGAGAAAGGGAAGUUGGGUGUUCCCGCUUGUUAGUUGGUAGGUUGGUGAGCAGACUUACUGGUGUGGCGGUCAGGCAAGCACAAUGUGGGGGGUGGGGAGGUGAUGCGUGCAUGGGGCAGCAGCAUGUUACAUCAGAGACCUCCUUCCCUUUUCUCAUUCCUAGUUCCUUUUGUCAUGCAUUGGUGUUUCCAGCUUUUCCUCAAGUGAGCAUGCCUGUUGCUAGACUGUUUCUUUAAUGAGUGCAUUUGCUAUCUGCCAAGAUCUUGGAAGGAAAUUCCUCUCCAACUAGGGAUAUAAGUUAGGUUGACCUUGCCGUUGGAGGUACAGGAGAAGUUAGUCUUUCUAGCCAGCGAUCCUACUGAUUAAACAGAGGGAGCUUCACGGUAAGUUCAGUUUCCCCUUUAAUCACACAGCUAUAUAUCAUUGGUGCUUUACAUAAUUUUUUUUAAAAAGCAGAAAGUCUAAAGCAUGGGGAAAGGGCAGCAAGGAAUGUGGUGUUUGCAAUGGAGGUAAGUAUGCCUGUUGAUUUGCAGCAUAAAGGAGGGGGAAACCAGGCUCACAUCACUGGAGAAAUUAACAUGUUGGCUGCCAUUUUUAGGUACGUCUGUAUGCGCCCAGAGGGAGGCAAAGGUUUCAAAUGGAGCAAGGAGGAGGAGGGGUCUUUGCUUGCUUGGCUAUGUUUGCUACUACAGUCAAGACUGAUGUCUGAUGCUGUGGUCUAGAUAUCAUUUUGAUAAGGUACACUUGAGGCCUUUUAAAAAUUUCACAAAGCCCCUGCUUUGCUCUCAGAAGGCCCUUCUCAACUUUUUUUUGUUUAAAAAGAAAGGACCCAUUGACCAUUACCUGCUCACAUAUUGCUGGUAUCCAGGUUGCUGAGAUAUUUAAUGUGGCAGAGCAGCCUGUUCUGUUGGUCCCUCUAUAGGAUGCAAAUACUGCCAACUGGAGUGGUCCUCCCAGAAAGACUGAUAAAAUGAUGAAUCAGCACAGUAAUUCUGUUAAGGCGGACCUUCCCCAUUGAGGUCAUAUAAUAUACUUAGAAGUUAAUUGCACAAUUAGCGGUUUUCCUUGGACCAGGCUUGCCUGCUUACUGUGCAUCUGGGAAUAUCAAGUCCCUAAAUCAUUCCACUUCAGAAUAGGAUUGCCAGCUUUUCAGCUGGCCCCUAUAUGUGUGCCUUUAAUAGCGGCUUAAUGUACAAACAUUAACAGGUGGUGAUAUUCAUUUCCAUGCUAUGAAAAGGUUUGCCCGCUGCUCUCUGUGUAUCAAGCUGCUGUUAAAAGCACAAGAGCAGUCCAGACUGGGUUAUUUUUCCUCAUAAAUUGGCAACCCAGUUCAGGCAGCUUAUGCACAAAGAGCCCUGGAGCUAUCAGCAGGGAUGCAUCAUAGGUUUUGAAACCCCAUUUGGAGAGUGAUUCACGUAUACCAGUUAAUUCUGUUUGUUUGUUUGUAUUUGCCUCAUCUGUUGUGCCUGUCUUGGGGAGGGAGGCUCUACUCACAUGCAUUUCAGCCCCUUCCUCUCAGACGCAUCUCAUUUUAGUAGCCUUAGAAACCUUUCUAGCUCUCAUUGGCUCCUUCCAGUGAAUGUGCUGGCUUCUGAUGGAGGAACUUCUCCGCUUCCUUAUCCUUCUCUCAGUGUCAUUCACACAUCUGAGCAUCCACCUCUUUUCACUCCCCCUCUCCCCUCUUUUUCUGCAUUUCCUGGACCACAGUUGGGCUUUUGUAGGUAUCAGAGAAGGAAAGCCUUGCAGGCACUGUGAGCAUAAGUAUGACUUUUGACCCACUUGGAUGGCCCUAUGCUCCAGGCACAGGAAGAGGAGUCCAUGAAUAGCAAGCAGCGUGAUGAACAUAGUUAAAGGGGGCAGAGAAUUCAUGAGAGUGAGAAGGUUUAAUGUCAGGGAUAGCACUUUUCUCUCCCCCACUGAUUCCCCUCCCCAAGAGACAAGUUUAAACUUUGGAAUAGUUCCAUUAUUAUAUUCGCUAUCUGCUCAGGCUUGGUGACCAUUCUGGAGUUGUGCCCUGAGACAGCCAGGGCAUCUAGAAGGAAUCCAUUCCUGUGAUAACGAAUUCUGCUAAUGAAGUGUGAGCAUCUGUUUUUCUUGGGAACAGUAAAGAAUAUGGAAAACACUACAGAGGUCCUCUGUUUUAGUAGCAUCCCUGCACCAGCCAUCACUAAGCUAUAUAACUUCAUCUCACAAUAAGUUGUUGCUUUAAGCAAAAAACCCUGCUGUCACCACCUGAUAAGAAAGGGGAGAGGGAUGUAGACUCUAGAUACCCAGGCCUCUAAAGACUUCUGCUUCUACAACUGUGGAAUGGGGGUCUGCAUAAGACCCCAGCUACCCCUGAUCAUUUGCUGGUGUUCCUGGGAUUGCUUAGGGGUCUGGGAAGACUCCUGGCUAUCUCUAAUGUAGUGGCCCAAAGGCUGUAAACGGAGCUCUUUUUCCUCCGCAGAGCCCUUAGUACUUAAGCAGGGAGUUGAGUAGGAGGGCCCAGGUACAGGCUCCAGCCCACCUCCUCAGCACUUCUGGCUAAUGAGAGAGGAGAUCCAGAGGAUAAAGGUUGUAUCAAAGUUAAGGCCUUCUGAGAAGAUCUAAUUUUUUUAUUUAAGAAGGCACCUAUGGCGACAACAGGAACAUACAAAGGCAAGAAUUAAACCUGCUUUUUUGUGAGGAUAGAGUUAAGAUUGGAAAUUGGACAAAGCUUUCUUCCCUACUAGAAUUAUUUUUUGGUAAAAAUCAUUUGACCCUGCUUUCCAGAAGAGGAGUUAACCCAUCCCUGUAUGUUCCACUCUCUGCUGACUGACAAUGGCAAAAUUCAUCAGCCAUCUGCUGAGUGGUAUGAGACAUAUCGGAGUGCACACCAUCUUUAUUCGCUAGCUCUUGCAUUCUCCAUCUCUGGUUCCUGUACCUUCUUCUGCACACUGCAGUUAUAUUCCUGAUGCUCUGUCCUCCUCCAAUUCUAUAUGUCCCUCCCUCCCCAUUGAAGAUUUUUGGUUUCAUGUCAUCUUAUUUGACGAUGCUAUUUUGCAUCCCACUGACCUUCUCCACCCACAUGCAGAGAGAGAAGGGCAAGGAAGACACGAACGGUGCUCAAAACUGCCCCAAUAAGACUGGGCCUCCUUCCCCCAUCACGGAGCCCUCCAUCCCUGAGGAGAGCCCACUCCCCGACUUGCACCCAUGUGAUGCCAGUAAGUAGUUACCUGUUCUCAUGAGCUUUGUGAGAGCCAGAUGGGAAUCAGAUACCCAGAGCUUGGAGGGUGUGGGGUGGGAAGGCAUCAUACUAGUUUUCUCUGAUUUUGUUAGAUUGAAAACCUGAUGUUCUGUACUAACCCUAGCAGCUUAAUGUGAAAAAAACCCCUAUACGAUAAAAAUAUUUUGGACUAUCAGACCUCUAUCACCAUCUCACCUAUCUGCAAGAUUGGCUGCUGGGAUCUUUCAUCUGGCAUGGUUUCAAGAUAAGGGAUGCCCAGUUUGAUAGGAGACUCGACUUCUUUGCCUGAAAACAUUCAUAAAUGUAUUUGGAUAGGUCACCUUUUCAUAACAUGGUAGUACAAUUCUGGGAGAAGCUGCUUUUGAAAGCAGUUGACAUUUUUGUAUGUUCCAUUUCAUAGGCUUAUAGCACACAGUUUGCAUACAACUUCUGCCUGUAGGUUGUAUGAAGCAAUGUAGGAUUCCUAGAUCAAGGAAACAUGGAUAUCAUUAUUUUUUUUAAUUAAAAAAAAUGUCAGCCAAGCAAAUGAGUGGGACUGCCCUUAUAACAACACACUAAAAACUGAGAGCCUGGAUUUUCCUAAUUCUGAGCAUACAUCAGUGUUUUGCCAAAGCAGCGGCGAUGGGGAGAAGAGGAGCUGCGGCUGAACGAACCACUUUGGCAUACCAGUCAAACGCUAGUGAAGGUAUAGCUGAACUGGGUGGUGGGGAAACAGCAUCAACCCCCUCCACUUUUCCCUGUCCUGCUCUCUUGUCCUGACCUGCCGAUGUCUCUCAUUCCAGAUUGAGAGCCACAAGCUGACCUUUCGUGAGAACGCCAAAGCCAAGACUGACCAUGGAGCUGAAAUUGUGUACAAAUCACCCACUGUAUCUGGAGAUGCCUCCCCACGGCGCCUUAGCAACGUCUCCUCCACUGGAAGCAUCAACAUGGUGGACUCCCCACAGCUGGCCACAUUGGCCGAUGAAGUGUCUGCUUCCCUGGCCAAGCAGGGCUUGUGAUUGUGUUAAAGUGGGUGGAGAGAAUAAGAAGAGAAGAAUCCACUCUGGCCUUUCUUCCUCUGUUCCGUUUUACAUCUUCAUUCCCCACCAUUCCUUAAUUUAUUUCGUUUUUUAUAUUAAUGGGCUAACUCUUUUAAUCUGGUUCCCUGUCCCCCUUGCCAUUUAUUCAUCUGUGGUCUCAGGAUUUCAAAAUUAGUAACAGUAUGAAAACAAAGAUUUCUUACUAUAUCUCAGUCUAGAGAAAGACAUCAUUUCACCACUUGCUCCUAAACAAAAGGAAAUGUAAUUGUUAGGAAAAUUUGUGCUGCAUAGGAUAUAAGCUUGAGAAAGCGGGUUAGUAUCUGCCUCUGUCGAUGAGCAGCAGCUAACCAAGUUUGUCCCCAUGAACAGAGAAAAGAGCCUAUAUUGCUGUGGGAUUGUUUAGUAACCUUCUUCAAGAACACCUGCUGUUUUGCAUUUUGUUACAGGUAUGUGUGAUAGUGUAAGUCUAAAGCAGAUAUCAACUGCAUACACAGGAUUUGCAGUGUGAAAUAUCCCCUACUUCAGUCCUCAGGGAAUUAGUCUUCAGAAUCUCAUCUCUGCAGGGGGACAUGUUUCUAUGCUGGGAAGGGGGCAAAUGCCCAAUUUGCCACAGGCAUAUGCCUUUUAUUUUAAGUUUUCUUGAAUGGGGUUUGACUAGAGCCAUACCACUGCAUGCGAGGGCCAAUGCAUUGGCCUGAUACCUUUGAAUUACAAGAGCAAACAGCAUUGAAAUCCUGCCAGCUCCCUCAACUAUGGUUCAAAUGAUGCAUACUGAGGAGCAAGGUGACGCUUGCCUCAUGCGAUUCUCCUUUGGGGACACUGUUUUUGCAAAUGUAGGGACAUUAAAAGCAAUUUUUCAUACUAUUUGACCAUUACUACCACUUUUCUCCCCUCUUCCACUUGCCUGCCUUCUUUCUCAUCUUUCCAGCCUAAAAAAUGCCACAAGUUCCAUGCCCGUCUCUUUGCUCUUGCCGUAACAUUUGCAGGUUGGCUCAAAGGACUUGGUAGGCGUUCUUGGGGGAGGGGAGCAAGGAGGUUUGUGGGUUUCAGAUUUGCUCCUUGUGUUCAGUCCGAUAAGCAUGGCUGUUUCUCUUGGUUUUCAUGACAAAAUUGUGGUUGUACGUAGAAAUUUGUGAGGUAGAGGUGUGGUUCUAGGGUUUUUUGUUAAAUGAGAUAGGUGCACUUAAGUGCAAGUGCAUGGGGGAAGAAGGGUAACUUCCUGGAAGGGCGUGCAUGUGGGAAUAGGUGCACCUUUUAGAAUCAAGAGUCUUUCAUAAUAGUUGCAUAUAUCUGAUGCUCUCUUCAUCGCAUGCAUGUUUGUUCCUCAGUACGUGCAUCUGUGGAAGAAGCAUCACAAAUCAUAGACACCAAAAGGUUUCGUUAUCACCUCCAGUACAAUACUUUUCCAUGAAGAUUGUUCACCCUUUCAGUUAUGAGUACUCAAGCAUUGCUCAUGUAGUAUGAACAAGUCCCCAAACUUGGGUGUGCAUGCUCCAAGGGAAACCUACAGCACAAUGCAACCAGCAGGAAUCUAUUUCCCAUAUUUUCUGAAAAGGUGCCAGAGAAUUCAAGUUUUCACAGGUGGGGGGGGGGAAGAGUCCAAAACUAGCACACUGUGCAGAAGUGUCUGAAUAAUGACUGUUUCUGAACAUAACCUGCAUAUGUGUACUGGCUCAAGAAGCUAUCAUACUAGCAGAAAGAGCUCUUUCCCUCACCUGUCAAAGUUGGAAGACUAAUUGCAUUUGUAGUACAGAUUCCAGGGUCGUCCUUACAAACCCUUCCCCCCCCUUGCUGUUUAAAAAACAUUUACGGUACGAGUUGUAGCUGUGCAUCUACCUAGGCUAAGUGAAAAUACUUUAAUUUCAGAGAGUACUUUGCCUUUUGUGAAUGGCUAUUCCUCCCUGCCACUGCCUUUAUCAUCUGAUAGAAUCCUUCUCUCUCCCCUGCCCUCUCAAAUUUCCAUCCUUCAGAUGUAAGUUCCCAAGCAACACAGGCUUUGCAAAACAUAGCCUAGUUUAUUGGAGUACUACCUGAAACACCGAACAGCAACAGAGCUCCUAUUAGAAUUAUGACACAAUCUAUUGCAUGAACGGUUGUAAAUAAUACAGAUUUUAUAAGGCAGUCCCACCACCACUUAUACAUUACACAGUUGGAAUUGUCUGGAUGUGUUUGGAAAUUUCCAAGUGAGAGGAUAAGAUGGUUUCAGUAAAACAAAACACACAAACCCAAGAAGCGGGGGGGGGGGGGGAAUCUCAAAUUGAUAGCAUACAUAGCUUUUUAACAGUAAGUUCACAAAUAUGGCAACAGAGGCCUGAUCCUCAGAGCUAGGUCCAAUAAGGAACUGUGGUGUAGGUUUACAGCAUAGUAUUUAAAGCUUGGCAAGGCGUAUAUUAUCUGACUUUGUCAAACUGAUGGUGGUGGUUGGUGACUGGGUGGCAGCCUCUAAGUGCACCAGGUGUCUUGUCAUGGGUGCAGAGGAUUCUGCAACAGAUAAGGAUCAUAGCAUGCAGAAUUAGAAUCACAGAACUGUAGAGUUGGGAGGACAGUGCUCAGAGUGAUUAGGAAUUUCAUCUUCCUGUUCUCUCCAUUUCCUCAAAUAGUCUUGCUACCCAACAUGUGCAUCUGUCUUUGUACCAGGGUGGGGAAUCUGUGGCACUGGAGGUGCUGUUAGUCCACAGCUCCCAUCAUCCCUGAUCACUGACCAUGUUGUUGGGGACUGGUAGGGAGUCAAGUCUACCUUCUUCUGAAAAGCUACUGGCUCCGCACCUCCAUAUGAUGGUGGACUCAACUCCCCAUCUGCCCAAGCCAGCAGAGUAAAUGUUCAAGAAUAAUGGAAGCUAUAGACCAACAGCAGCUGGAAGGCCACAGCCCCACUGCUGCCACAUAAUUAUUCCAAAACCCCACACCAUUGUGAAACAAAUCUUCUGUACCCUAACCAGAGCAGCCUUUGUACAAUGCGACAGACCUAGGCAUUCAAGGAUAUUGGAGGAAUGUUUGUGGAAACUGCAGCUGCUCAAAAGAAACCCCAAAGUGGUAGAGAAUAUUUGGGGGGGAAACUUGCAAAGCGGGCUUCUAUUUCUAAGUGGUGGUGAGAAGAAAAAUCUUUAAAAACUUUCUUUGCAUGUUUUUCUGAGAAAAUGUCUGAUGCAGUGUUCAAAUUUCAAGCCGACGCCGGUUUCUAAACUUAAUACAUUCCUUGUGAGAUAAGACACCUUGAAGAUGGGCUGUGUGCAUGUGUUUUUGUCCUUGUUAGGCUGAGUCGGGACUAAGGCUUUCUGCUUUAGGAGUACCACCUUGUAAAGUCUGUUGCUGCCUUUGCUUGCUUAUUGUUUUGAGCCAUGGAUAAAAUCAGUUCAACUAAUUGUUGGGAAGUACAGUUUGUCCAUUGUUUCUGUAAGCAAAAGUAUUUUGUGGAAUGAAGUAAAAAAAAAAAAAGUUGAGUAAGUUGUGACUAAGAUGGAGGAUGGGAUAGCAUGGGAGAGGAACCGAUUGGGUUCAAGAAUGUUACUUUGUUGGCUAUAUCACUGUACUGCAGUACCAAUGUGGUAGCCAGGGUUCUUCAGACAGAUCAGCAUAUUGGUCACCUUUCAACAAUUUCCAAUAACUCUAUGAUACUGUAUUUAAAAAUAAAGCCUGCAGUUGUAUUACUUUAGGAUGUGAGAAAGCUUAAUAUGCUUGAAGUCAACAAAUGUGAGAUUUUUCCCACUGAGCACAUAUACCAUUCUUUUCUGUUUGCAUUAGGGGAUUGAGCUAGGGCUGGAAAAACGUCAUCUUUUGUCAGUUUUUGUAUUGGCUUAAGCUGUAAAUAAAACAAUAGCCCUCUUUAUUCAGUAUGAAGCAACAAAAACAAACACAAAGUUAUAUUUGAGAUCAUUUGACUCCUUGAUUCUCCUGAAUAUUAACAGCCCUUGCCUUCAUCCAUUUAUUUCACUGCUCAAAUCUUCCCCUUCCCCAAGCAUAGGAUCAACCAUUGAAACAUUGAGUUAUUUUCCCCCACCCCAAAUUUAGCCAUCUCCCUAAGUCAUAAUAUCUGUUUUCAAACAUGGAUUUUGAUUGUGUCUUUAUGGCUCAUUUUAGGAUGCAUAAUGGCAUCAGUUUUAUAGAGGGUUAGACCCAUGAGGGUUCCAAUCGAGGGCCAUGUUGAAUUGACUGGCUGGUGUCUUGUCUUGGUAUAUAAAUAUACAUAUCUAGGGGGUUGGAAAAGUGUUAAAAUUUGACAGAUGAAAAUCAUGGUUUUGAAAGUUAAAGAGGAAAAAAAAUGGGCUUUUUGUCAUGAACUUGAAAGUAUGAAAAAGGGACAAUGGAGUUUGGAAGACCCAACAAAUUCCCUUUUAAGUUUCACGGGGGUGGGGAAACGGGGUGGGAGGGGGUGGGAAAGGAGUAAGAUCUCCAUAUGAUCAUCCUAGCUUAGCUACCUGUCUGUGACUGUCCAUAUUGUACUUGUGUGUUAUAACAACUGGUUUACACCGACUUGCUGUAAAAGUGAAUUUGGAAAUAAAGAAUUCAUUACUACAAUAUU